GAACAAACACUCUGACAGUCAGAGUCGACGCGGCAGCAGAGCUCUGCGCUCCAAGAGUGGAUGUUUGAAAAGAGAGAAACACUCAGAUAGAGAGAGAGAGAGAGAGAGAGAGAGAGAGAGCAGUCAGACAAAGAAAGAAAGAGAGAAGGAAAGACCCGGACUGCCGGUGGAUGUGUGAGUCUGUGCCCGGGCUGCGGUGGAUUGACUCCGGCCCCGCUGUGGAUGGGAUUACGCCGGUUGUUCCGCGUCUCCCGGAGGAAACAUGCGGCUGCAGAGCUUCACGGUGCCCUCGGUCCUCCUCCUCCUCCCUCUGCCGCUGUUGCUGCUCUCCGGGCUCUGCAGCGGCACAAGUUUCCCAAGUAACAUCAACAUAGGUGAGUGCACCCAGGGGCGCCCCGAGACCGGCGGGGAAACACCGCUUCAUCUUAAUUUAGGCAGAACAUCUCUAAAAUUAUCCGCAUUCAGAGCUACAAUAAAACUGCGCGGUGCUGGACUUUAGAUUGCGCCGCUGUGUUGCGCUAACGCUGCGUUCAUUAACGAGCAUGUGCAUGAAUAAAAGGACGUACUGAUACUGUAGCACUUCUUAUUCUAUAACCUGAAAUUCAACUGUGGACGCCCAACUCGGGUGUGAACAAAAGUCGUGACUGGUCCCUAAAUAAUCGUCUGUUGUUGUGUAAAUAAGUUACAGUUGAGUAUGUUAAGGUGGAGCUCCACUCUGCACUCCUGCAACAGUGUCUGUGGUCGGGCUUCCCCUGGGACUUACAGUAGGUUUGUGUUCAUAUAGUCAUGAUGAGACUUACAGUGUUUUGUGGGUGUUUCUGCAGCGUACAGUAGCAGACUCAUGCGAUGAUGAUGUGGGCGUGUCUGGACGCUUUAAACUACAUUAACAGGAUAUUUCCUUUUGUCUGAAUGUGACAAACUUGAAUGAUUUUUGGAGAAAACAAAAAAACACAAGCAGGAUUUGAAAAAUUCGUCUUAAGAAUGUGUGUUAUUGUAAAAUAAAAUCAGGAUGGAUGGUGACAGGACACAAUUAUUGCAGAUGUAAUUCAGUAAAGUGAGAAUCAGCAGCAUGGACGGAGUCUUGGGGAAAUCUUAGGCACCAAGAAUAGAGUGACAGAGAAACAUAACCUGAGAGCAGCAGCAGCGUCUCAGACAUUACUGUAGCAAUUAUACAGGAACAAGCACCACAGGCAGAGUCGAACAAUACUGUUAUUAUGAUCAGCACUGCAUACAGAGUCAAGAGAGCAUCAAUUAUAGGCAAAACAGGAUAUAAAUCAGCACCUUGGACAGUUCCUCUGUGGUACACUUUAAAUCAGCACCAAGGACAGAGUCACAUAAUCCAAUUUUAGACACUGACAUGGUUGAGAAUGGUAGGAAUUCAAACCUGAAGACUCUUAUUAUUAUUACCAUUAUUGUUAGUUAUUCAAAUAUAUAAGAUCAGCACCAAGGACAGAGUCACAUAAUCUAGUUUUAGACACGGUCAUAUUUGAGAUUGGUUAGAAUUCAACCCUGAAGACUCUUAUUAUUAUUAAUUAUUCACAUAUAUUAUAAUCAGUACCAUGGACAGAGUCAUAUAAACAAUGGUUAGAAUUCAAACCUGAAGACUCUUUGCGAAGUAGGGAAUUAAUCGUAAUACAUAAAAAUCAGUACCAUGGACCUAUGAUUACAAUCCGUACCUUUACUGAGUCUAAAUCACGUCGUUUCAAGCAUUAGAUGCAAUCAGAGCACAGUGUACUUCAGGUCCACAGACAGACCCUGAGCUGUAAUCUUAAAAUCAAGGCUGGUUUCGUGAUGGAAAUAAUAUCAUAGAUUGACUAACGAAGACAUAAAAAGGGGUGAAAUGCAAUAAUUUAAAAAUCAGUGCCAUGGUCGAGUGUUAUUGGCAUUAACUCGAUCAGAAUCAGCAAAACAGACACUGUGAUUACAAUUAUAUGGUAAUCAGCACCGUGGAGAGAGUCAUGGAAUACUGUAAGAAGAGUCAGCACCUGAUAUGAAACAAGCAAAGCAACCUUUUAGCUUUAGAUACAAAUAUAAAACCCUAUGAAGCAGGACUGAUGUGACUUAGCAGUAUCCUGGAGCAACAUCUUUUUCUACUUAAUUACAUUCAUGUGCAAUAUUCUGAAAUCAUCACCACAUUCAGAGCCAGAAAUGAUUCAUAAAUAGCUUUGAAGACAUUAAAACACCAUCUCAAUCAGGACCUUGGACAGUCUCUAAGCAGUAAACAAGAAAUCAGCACCAUGGACAGCUUAAAACACAAUUUGAUACCAUGUAAUGUUACAGUAAUCAGCAGUUUGAGCAGAGUCAUGUAAUGCUAUUUUUGUCAUUAUCUAACGUUGAAUCGAGGAAGCAACAUUUCAGCGUCGAGUAACUGAAUCAGCACCUUGGACAGCUCCUCAGCAGCAAUUUUUAAGUCAGCACCAUGGACAGCAUCAAAUAACAAGUUUCUUAUCAACCAGCACUUGGAAGAGAUUUCUACACAUCACUUCCUGAAUCAGCACCAUGGACAGAGUUACACAGGAAUAUCACUCUAGUCUGUGAUUAAAAUCUGAUCCAGAUCAUUUGUCUCGCUUCAUCAGGAACAGCUGUCUCCUUACGCUCACAAACAGAUCUUUUAAGACCGCUCCUGGUUCAUUUACCUGAGUCUCUUUUAACAACAUUGAUCCAUGAUUGAUGUAUAUUCAUGUUUAUGGUUUACAUCACUCAAUACAACUGUGAUCAAUCUUUCUAAAACCAACGUGCCACCAGAGAAAUCACGUGUAUGAUUCUCUUACAUAAACACGAAUUUAAAAUCAGAAGACUACUGCAGCACAUUUAGGAGGACCAGUUUGACGUUUAUGUUAACGGUUCACUUUUUAACCCUUUAAAUUACAAAGGUGGUCAUUUUGUUUUGGGUAACUGAGAGUUUAAGCUCUUGUAAGAACAUGACCUUGACUUCUCACCCAUGUAAGAUACUUUACUCAAACAUCUGGAGAUGAUUUUUCCCAGAUAUUUUCAAGUAUGGUUUAUAUACAGAGAAAUCUGUGCUGAUUAUAUUCGUCAUAAAAUGUCACAUCACUUCGAAACUACUAGGAUAUGGAAUUAAAAUAUUUUUCUUGUUUGAUUUUAGUUUUGUCUUGGAUACCACCCGCAUCACAUUUCUCAUGUCAGCAAAGUAUCUUUUCGGUGUAUCUAUUCUACUAUCUAUUCAGUGUUACUUUGGAUAUUCAGACUCUUGUAGGACUUAAAACAUCUUUAGUUUUCACAGAGACUGUGACCGCCAUCGUAGGAGCAUUUGAGGUGUCAGAUAAAUCAAAGUGAGAAGUUAAUAUCAAGUAUCAUAAGUUAGAAAUAUUUCAUGUACUAGUACCUCAAAAAUACACUGGAAUACAGCAGCACGAAUGUUGGAUUUAGCCUCCAUCACUUCUGGUUAAGAUGGAGAAGGCGACCACUUGUUACACCUCUGUGAUGAUCUUCUCUUUUAAACUCUGUAAGCUCUGCACAGAAGCAGAGUAGAAAUGUCCUUCACAGAGAUUCUUGUAUCAGGAGUAAAUUUCAGAGCCUGCAUUUGAAGUUUUGAGAUUGUAUACAUGUCUAUUUUUAUCAUAAGUAACUAUAUUUCUUAUUUAAGACCAAAUUUGCGGGUGUUUUUCCAGACCUUAGUUAAUCCUGAGUCUUAGCUAAAUGAGACGUGAUCACAUCAUUUAUUGAUCUUAUUAACUCUACUCAGAGCUCAUCUCCCCUUGAGCUUUCGUCACUGAAUCCACUAAAUAAAUCCUCCCUCUGCUCUUUUAUUCCCAUCCGAACACAGACUGGUCCGCUCACUUUCAGUCAGAGUCUGGCAUCUGGGAGCUGCAGAGCAUGUCACUCUUCACAAAAUGAAGUUAUAAUUGAAUUCAUCGGGGCACUGGUCCGGUUCCCUCUCUGGUUUGGAGCUGAUGUGGCAUCAAGUUGAACUAACCCGCAUUAAAAAAAAAGACGCCUGCAUUUUUCUGGAGUAGAAUCACUUCUGCAGUCUGACUCCAGUGAGUUUCAGCAUAAAAAUCAGUUACAUUGGUUUUCUCUGUGUGUGUUUAUUGAGUCAGUGAACCCUCCUGUUGGAGCAGAUGGACUGCUUCCAGCCUUUACAACUCCAAUGAAUAAAUCAUGCACAUUUCCAAUAGUGUCCAGUAAAAAUUCACAUAUUUAUAAGUGACUGAUUUAUGAUUCUUGCUUAAAAUUAUGGAAAAUAAACUGGGUUAAACCUUCGAAAUAUCCACCGCACUGAAAUAAGUGACCACAUUCCUUCUCCGGCUGAUUUUUGCAUCUGUGUCAUUUUUACUCGAUACGACUUUCAAACUGAGUUUAUAGAUAUUCCAUUUUCAUGGCGCUUUAACCUCAGCUCACUUUUUCUUGGAGGGAAAUGAAUUUUUGAUUCAACUUUAUUGAUCAAACAACUUAAAUCAGCAGUAAUCUAUCCCUCAACUUAAAGCUGAAUAAUGAUUCACUUUACAUAAACUCGACCGACUACAGCACUCACAAAAAAUGAGGCUCAAAUGUGAUGUGGAAGUCUGUAUGUAGACUUUAUCAUCACAUUUACAUUUGUUUUUGCUUUAUGGACGUUUAAAUGGUUGUACUUUUACUUAUAAUGAACAAAAAAGGCCAUGAAAGGAUAAAGAAGUGGUUGUAAAUAACCUUUAAUUCAGUGAUGGUGAUCUUGAACGCUUUUAUGUUUUUUAAAUGGUAGUAAUGUUGACAUAAGCACUGUGAAUAUUAUCAUAAACUAAAAUAGAAGUGAUUGUUUAGUAGGAAUGGACCACAAACAGACUAUUGUUGCAGCUGCCUCGCUGGAAUCGGCCCAAUGGACAGUCACAUUGUAUUAUUGUGGGAAACAGCACCAUGGAUAGUGUUAUAUAAUUUUACGACAAAAAACAGCAAAGUCAACGAGCGAUGUUCACAGUCAUGUUCAUAACCAACACACUCACGGUCAGAGUCACAUCGUGAACCGUCACUGAGCAGAAAUCAGGGGAUCAGCACCGAGGACAGCGACAAAUCACAACAUGCAUAGGCCCAAUCCCGAACCGCCCCCUACUCACUCGCCCUUCACUCAUAAGCUGUGCGCCUCAAUUGAAACAGGAGGGUAUAAACAAGAUGGGCGAGUAUGAGACGCCCUCCUCACUCCACAGGAAAACGGAAAGAUUCAUCGCCAUAGCAACACAAAGACGCGUCCUGCGCAUAGCAGCGUUUCUUUUCUUAGUAAACGGACAUCAUGUUCAGUUAAUUCAGGUAUUAAUUUUUUGCAUGUAACAUAUUCAAAUACUGAAUUUUUCCGGACUUUUUUGGGUGAAUGUGAUGCACGGACAUUUUAUUUUUACAAGAAAUAAGACAAAAAUGAUGUGAACUUUUUGAGUUUAAAACCGUCUUCUUUAGAUAUAUAAACAAAAAUCCGACAUUGUGCAUCCCCAGUUUGAUUCAAUAGGCAAGAAAAGGAUGAAGUCAAAUAUUUUAUUUAAAGAGAAAAACAGGGAAGAAAAGGAUGUGAUGUGCAGAGCUGGGACAGACAGUCACAACAGCUUCUGCAGAAAGAAAACAGCGAGUUUAAUUCUCACGUUUGAUUGAAGCAGCUGUAACAGCUGAGCGACCGGCCGCACACUCAGUCCAGACAUGUAAAAAUAAACAUCUCAUCACAGCAAGGAGAAGAGGGUCGAUGGGUCCCUGUUUAAGUGUUUAGAUAAUUUGACUCUGAACCAUUAUAUGGAGAGUGAGACAGCCGGAACAAUGAGUAGAACACGAGCUGAGAAAAGAAGCUUUUAACAGCAAUUACUGUGGAGCAGACGGUCAUUAUUUUCAGGGACAAUGGUAGACUGAGCCGGCUCUGAGAUCGAACCACUAUCCUGCUUCAAGAUGCAGCUCAGAGGGAAGAUUUCUGAGUCUUUACUCGAAUAAAGAAAACGACUCUCAGGAGAAUAUAGAAGAGUAACGAGAGAUUCACAAUAUCGAAAAGAAAAACAUACCUUUGUGUCCAGAACAAUGGCGUUCAAACUCUUAGACGAUCUGAUAUUUGUUUAUAAUGAUGGCAAGGAGGGACAGGGUCACUGACGGGUGAUCCACAUUUGAGCAAAAUUGCAUAGCAUACUUACAACAAGCAGGGGCGCAUCUAGACUUUUUGAUUGAGGUGGCCCAGUUGAGGCUUUGACUCCUGAGAGGGUGGUAUGAAAUAUGUGAGCCAGUAAAUGGCAUUUAUCACUACGUUCAUAUUGUAACUGCAUUCGUCUGACUCAUUUUAACCAAAGUUCUGCCUUUGACAGACAAGCAGCCAAAUAAGAUGAUGUUUGUGUUUAUUCUGCACAAUAGUCAAGUCUUGUUUCUUUUCCCCACACCGCAGUAAACUAAAACUAAUAAACUAAACCUGUUCUUCAGUCUGCGAAACGGCUGCGAAAAGGCCGAAUGUGCCGAUCACCGCUGAUCAUUUCCAUUCAAGUUAAUGUGUCGGAUUCCACCGACUUCUUUCCAUUCAGAAGACAGUCGAUCACCAGGGUUCUAUUUUUUUCACAUAACCCGUGCUGGAAAGGAAGUCGGGCACAAACACAAAAUAAAACAUCCGGUUUCUUUUCAAAAUAAAACAUGACAUGUUUCAGACAGAUUGUAUAUUACACUAUCAAACGUGGGCAGGGACGAACAAGUAAAAGGUUUUUAGAUGUCAUUUCACCCCGAUGACACCAUGGAUGAGGAGAUGCUGAUUCUAGAAGUCUAGACAACUCGUUAUCGUGUGGUUGCAUGUAAAUCCGCGGGCGCUUGUGAGUUCUUGAGAUUCCCGCUGUCCAAAAUCCACCACAAAAUUCGCCUCAGAAACGCAUCCGGUAGUAAUUGGUGGACGGCAAAAAUUGUUACCGUUCUGUAGCGGAGCCGUUUCUAAUGCGGUGCAAAUUGGGCGUUUCAAAUUUCAUUAGUAUUAGAGUUCACAACACCCUUUCCCCUGACUUUUCUGUUCAAAUAAGGACACACAGCAGUGCUCCUACUUAUAACGGAUCAGUGUUUGUCUAACGGGCAGAACCCAUAGGAUCUGGAACGGCUCUGCUCCGCUCCGGCAUGGCAGGCGGAUAAAAUAAGCAAGCAUUAUAAUCAAUGUGAGCAAUUCAGAGAUCAGAUCAGAUACGCAAGGCUUCUAUUUUUGCUGGAUGUCAGAGCAUGGCGCAUCAAUUCAGUGCAGCGCAGCACAAGCAGUGGUGGAAGUUGUAUGCGGCUACAGGGUGAAAUAUCUAGUUAAUUUUCAAAAUAAAAUGUUUAACUGUUCUUCACUUGAUAAUAGGAGAGGCCAGGGUUGUGGGAUGUGGGUGUUUAUAUACAUUGCCCUUUAUAUACACGAUCGGCGGAUCUCAUUCUAUGACUCCCGGGGAAACACGCAAGAUCUUGUGAGAUCUCAUCCAGUCUCGUGAGAAAUAUCGGUAAUCUAGCGAGCGCUUCUCCCCGAUGGCAGCGGCGGAUCGGAUCUGGUGGGUGCUGUAUGCUUGCGUAUCUGAUCCGCUUGCCGGUCUGGGGCAGAUCGGAGCCACUCCAGCUCCAUGGAAAUAGGGUUUUUACAGUCAGGAUACUUUGAGACAUGAUACUGCUCUCUGUAUAGGGCUGAUCCAGGGAUGCCAAAAGACGAGGACACCAUCACUGCUUUCUCCUCAUAUCCUCAACCCUGCACGGCCCUAAAACUGCAGCCUGCACCAAACUUCAUUCUCUCGAUUACACGCAAAAACAAGAACGCGCACACAGCGAAGGGUGUUUUUAGUUACAAUCUUCAAACAUAACUGUGAAUGACACUGACCGUGCUGAUCCCAGAUAUUCAUGGAUUCUUCCAAUUUGCACUCAAAAGCCUACAGUAUAAAGCCAUGUGAUCCAGCAGCAAAAAGAAGUAAAUAAAGAUCAGCAGCUGACCUUUCUUUGACGUAAAGCACACAAGACGUUAGCUAUGACUUGAUCUGAUACUGUCAGCGUAUUCUGACUUUUAGGGAGUUCCUGCUGCUGUGUCUUGAUUGUAUAUGUUUGGAUAUCUGUUCAUUUGGAAAGUUCUCGAUUGUUUCUUUUCUAAGGUAUUACUUCAGUGGAUCAUCAAUCCAUGCCAGUGUGUGUAUGCUGUGUUUGUAGAGGCACAAUAGAAAGAGGGAAGUUAGAUCUGCUAACUCGAGCCCUGUCCAUUUCAACAGAAAGGCCAAAACCUGCUUUGUAAAUAGAAACACUUCUGCACCUGAUUCUUAAACAGAAUGAGGCGGACAAUCUGAUCAGUUUGAUUCUUGUCACGCCAGAACACAACCUCCCUGCACCUUGUGUCUGAAUUUGUCCAAGAAAUCAUGUAAUUCUUGAACUUCUGACGUUCAUUUCAAGUGUAUGACUCUCAGGGUUGUUUUCCUCUUUUAGCUGGUACGAGUGGUUUCAUGUGUUCUCUGGCCUCCUUCCUCUCCUUUCCUGAGCUUCUGGACACUGACUAAAAUCCACCGUGUCUCUUUGUCAAACAGGAGGCCUUUUCCCCACUGGCUCCCAUGAGUAUGAGGUGUUUCGUUUCGCCCUGGCUCAACACCAGGACAUCCCCAAACUGGUGCCGCAGGUGGACAUGGUGGACACGGGGAGCAGCUUCGCCAUGACCUACGCCUGUGAGUUCAGAAAUAUCUUUUUUAUAUCAAGGACAGAACGGGGAUUUUUAUCAUGGAUCCCCUGAGCCGCUCUUUGUCAAAAGGUUGCAUACCAAACACCGUCUCCAGGAUGGCAGAGUUUGCUUUGUGCUGCGGCUGAAGGAAUGAUUCAGCCAAACAUUUUCUCUCUUGCAUUCAGACUCGGUGACCUUUCAGCGCUCACCCCCAUGAAGGGAGAUUUGGGAGAUCAACUCUGACUUGAAUGUCUUUCUGAGAAAGUGUUGCUCAUAGUUUUGAUGUCUAAACAGAACAAGCAUCAAGUCUGCAGCUCUGCUGGGGUCCUGGGUUUGACGAAUGUAUCAUGAAUGUUUGCUUUUUGGGGCAAGUUUCUUCUCUGGUUUGUUCUUUGUGUUCCCAGCAUCAGCGGUCUCUCAGGAUGUUUACAAGUGCAGUUCAGCUGAUCCGCUGGAUGGGUGAUUUGUCAAACUACUGUCUUUAUCAAACACUGCAUACGGAACGAGAAUCGAUUCAUUGAUAGAAGCUCAACCAUCAUUAUUCUAGAAGGCAAUGUACCCCCCUUUGGUAGAUAACUACUCCACCUUCUUGAGGUUUUUGUCAUGUACAAAAACAAUCAACAAACAGGUUAGCAAGUGGCAUUGGUGCUACUGUAGGUGCCAACAGACUACCAGCAAACACAAUGUUUGCAGGACUUCUACAACUAGGAUAAAGUGACAUAGUCCAGGACCCGAGGUCAAUAGUUUAGUGGCGCUACAACACGCUACAGCAGGUCCGUUUGACAAGAGACACUUCUGUUACAGACACUUGGCUUACUUUGUUAAAGCGGUUUACCUGUCUAGCAGAAAGGUUACAGGGCCACCAAGAUCCCCAAGCGUCCCCCAUCGUUUAUGUUGACCCGGCUUUUUAGCUCUACCUCCGUUUUAAGCGCCCGUUACUCCUCCAGAGUCUCCGGUAUUUACUUUGUUUUCUUGCUUGUGUCGGCAGUCGUGGUCAAAGGAGGAUUCAGACAAUUUUCCGAUCUUUCUGGUUGGUUUCUACUGUCUGAUAUUGUAGCACGCUAACUUUGUUUGGGCUCGUGAACGACACGGGGGAGCAGCGUCUGCCUCACAACCAAUCAGGUUAUGGGAAGCCGGGGAAUGGCUUUGUUUAUGGUCAGAAUGAGCGGGCCUUUAGCCUCUGAUUUGCCAAACUUAUAACUUUGAUUUCUUAAGAUCUUAUGAGUUAAAAAUUCUCUGUAUAGUGUGUAUAAAGAGAGAAAUGAGCUGUUCAGACUGAAAUUAUUAAAAUGCUUAUUUUUCUCGUAAAGUUUAGCUUUUUCAAAUGAGUGUGUAUGUGGUUUCUGGUACUUUUCAGCCAACCUCUAGUGGACACUUGAGGAACUGCACUUCUGCAUUGGCUUAAUAUCUCAAGACCUGCUGCUUCGGUAUAGAUUCUGCAUUUUUAGUAUCUGUAAACAGAGCUUAGUAGGAUUACAUUGGUUGUUUUUCUGCUGUGUGCUUUUUCAGAAAUAAUCUUGUUCUUAAGGAAAUACAAAUCAUGUGUGGGGUACUCUGACAGAAGCAGUUCUUAAAAUUAGUCAAAAUUUGCCCUUUAGUACAUAAUCCACAUCAGGGAUCAUCAUUCGCCAUCUUCAGAUUAGAAAACCACUCAUGGGUACAAAUGUUUAAGUUUGAUAUCUUGUCAGGCUUCAGGGAAUUGUGAGUUCGAACAUAUAUAAAGCCAACAGCUGACUAAUGUGUGAUUUUCCCUCGGUGAGUCGAGGUUGUUCUAUUUCUAUCAGCUGUGUUGUUUGUUUGAUAUCAGGCCCCGCUCUGUCUGCCUGACAGCCCGGCAGUUUGUGGUCACCAUCAUGGGUCAGUGCGUCAUCCCUCCAUCACCCAGACUUCAUUCAGCAGAGCUGGGAUUUAGGGAGAGCGUAACAAAGUGUAGGCUGCUGUGAAAGAGCAGACAGCAGCAGUAAAUGCACGUCGAGUGGGGGGGAGUUCAGCGCUAAAUGGACUGUGGCUCCGGGGAACGUUCAGCUCAGUGCAGUAGGUUUGGAGAACAAUGUGCUGACCUUGUUUUGUUCUGCCCUAAAUCCUGAAUUCACCAGCUCUCCUUUACACCUGAAUUCAACAAUCUGCAGGAACAUUCAGCCUCCGUUUUUAACAGACACGAACAUCUUUUAAAUUUGAUCUUCACGAUCUAAAGGUGUGACGCUAGCCAGCGAGGAUCUAUGAGUGUAUUAGUUAUUCAAAUCUUAAUCAUAGCUGCUUUUUUUCUGUUCGCUGCAAGAUUUGUUAGAAUUUUAUAUCUGUAUAUCUGCGCUGACCCUUUAACACCUUUUUGAUAACUUAAUUGAUGUUUCAAAAUGUAGCAAAUAAAAUCAGGUUGUUCAGAAAUGAGACGACAUUUAGCGAGUGAGUCGAAAUGUUGCAAAUAAAGCCAAAAAUAUCAAGAAGUUGAUAUUUCAAGAAUAAAGUUGAAAUCGUAGUCGUCGUUUUCUUCCGCUUAUCCGGGUCCGGGUCGUGGAAGCCCAGACGGCCCUCACCCCAACCACUUCCACCAGCUCCUCCUGGGGGAUUCCCAGGCGCUCCCAGGCCAGACGAGAGAUAUAAUCCCUCCACCUGGUCCUGGGUUGACCAUGAGGGCUCCUCCCGGUGGGGCAUGUCUGGAACACCUCUAACAGGAGGCGUCCAGAAGGCAUCCUAACCAGAUGCCCGAGCCACCUCAGCUGACUCCUCUCGACGUGGAGGAGCAGCGGUUCUACUCUGAGCGUCUCCCGAGUGUCCGAGCUCCUUACCCUAUCUCUAUGGCUGUGUUCACAAUGCAGGUCAAUUCUGAUUUUCUAACUAUAUGUGACACAUAUCUGAUUUUUUCAUGUAAGUGUGAACAGUGCAAUUCUGAUUUUUUCAAAUCCGACCCAGGCCUCUUUUGUAUGUGGAUAUAAAUCAGAUAUGUAUCUGAUGUGAUUGCAGUGUGGACGCUCAGGUCGCGUUCAUCUGACCUAUACAUCAUCAAUUUGCGACAAACGUCACCAUUGUUCGACGACACAAACAGGCAUGGAAAGCCGGAAAGACAGAACGGUUCGAGCGCCAAAAUUUUCGGUUGUAACAGAGCUCUGGUUGUAAUUUUUUCUACAGUCAUAUCUUCCUCCUUCAGCGUGAUGUUCCUGGCAGCUUUGAAUAAUACGUAGGACGCAUCCAUCUCCAUGACAACAGGUUAGCCUUUCUACCGCUCUGGCCUGAAGUUUUUAGUCCAUGUUGUUGGCUACUGUGCAUGUGCGAACAGUAGAAAGGCACCGUGGGAAAUGGGGACAUCAAUAACCCGAAAACGAAAAGUAGAUUUAUUAUUUUGUUUUAGUUUCCAUCUCUGUUUAUAUUCUGUUUUGAGCUGAAAAUACGAAAACAAACACUAAUCUUUUAUUUUUUUGGUUAUAUAGAAAAACAAAUAAACAAAAUAUUGACUAGUUUUUUCGUUUUUCGUUUACGAGAGUGAAUGGAUGGAUAAUACAUGGACCACACCAGAAUUGGAGUGAUGUGAUCAUGUUUCUGUUUACCUGUUAAAAGAUGAGCAGCAUUUUGGACUUAGUGUAAGUGUGUAUCCAGAUAUCCGGAACAAAGUCAAAAUUAAGAGAGGCAAGUCAAUAUAACAACAAGAAAGUCAAGAUGCUCAUAAAAAGUCAAAAGGACUGUCAAAUAUGUCAAAAAAAAAGACUUGAAAAGUUGAGAAAAGACGAGUCAAUAUGACUUUACAUUUUGAAACAGGAUAAAAGGGGUUAAAUUAAAAAAAAAAAUUGAACUGUCACCGAUAAAAUCAAGUGUAAAGGUUAUAGUAAAAAAAUUUAAAAAAUAAGGAAAAUGUCGAGAACAAAGUUGGGUUUGGUCAUCCAGGUUUACAGCUGCUUCUGCAUGUUUUAAUUUGAGAUCACUUCUGUUGUUCCCAGAUCUACAUUUUCACAGAAACACCAAAAGUCUUCAGUGUCAUUUAAAGCCGAGAAAUUUCCCCUCAGCUUUCUCUCUCUGAUUUAGUUUUACUGCCUUUCGUUUCACCGCCGCCUCCAGCUCUUGGUUUUAUGAUUAUGGACCUUGAUAAAGUUUCCGUUUUAUUUUUAUUCAUAAAGCGAAGUAACAAGUGAUCGUGUUUCUGCUGAGUCAUGCUUUAUGCAUGUGCAGAGCUGCACUGAGCAGCUUCAUCUGACAGAAUCUCACCCUUUGAUUUGUUCGGAGUCUUCAUCCUGCAGGGAGCCAAAGAGAGCAAGGUGAGACAUCCUAAUCAGAGGAAACAUCAAGGUUUCAAACCCUCGGACAUUUAGGACGCAGUUAACCCCAAAUUACCUUAAAAAUACAGGGAAAAGAAACGGGAAUGAAGUCCUGAAAAAAUUGUCCCUUUCAAAGAAUGACAGACAUACAAAAUUAUUUUUAAAUGUAAGUCUGAAUGACCUUUGUGAUUAUAUCUCUGGUCAUUAUGUAAUCAAACCAUAGACUGUAUCUACCACGGAUAACUCGGGCUCACUGACGUUACACUAAACCAUCAAGAAACACAGGCGAGGUGCUUUCAGUGACUCAGUUUGAUGAUUUUUAUUGUUUUCACCCACAAUCAGACUUGACCACAAUCUGAGCUGAGUCAGAAACAUAAAAACAGUCAGACUAAUGAAUGUGAUUAUUAUUAUUAGAGUGAUUGAAAAGCUCAUAACAACAUGUUGAUCUGACAAAAGUCUCAUUAUAGAUGUCUUUACAAACACACUGAUCCAACAGAAGCAGACAGAAAUAUCCAUCGAUCACAUGAACACAAAUAUUCAGCAAAUAGAGAAAGAAACAGAUCAUCUGAAGAGUUUUUGGGGACGACUGGAAAGACUUUAGACGGUUGGAUUUGGGACAGGAAAUAAGGUUGUCCUUUUUCAUCUUUCUUUCCUUAUUUUGACGUCAUUUUUUUUAAAGUCUCAGACCUUCAACAUCUGCACCAAAUGAAGGUGAUUUGAACAAAUGAUCAUUUUGAUGUUGUUGAUAUCAAACUUUAUGAAGAUUUUUUUAAAUGAGAAAUACAAACAAUUAAAGUUAUCCACAAUCACUGUCCUUAAAGCUGCGACCAAAUCAACAUCUUUACAAAAAGACUGAAAAAGCUGAAAUAAAGAACUAAACCGAGAGUUUUUGGUGAGACUGAUCCACAAACAUUAACAAACCAGAACAUUUCAAGAGUUCAAUGAUAUCAUUACAUGUUUUUGGUCUGAUUGACUCAAAAUUCUCUUUAUUUGAGUUUAAUAAACUCAGCACAGGCUCCAUCAGACCAGUUAAAAAAAGACAAGGGUAUCCACAGUCCAGCAUGUAGCGGCUCAGUGAAUCUGGUCUGGACUCUGUGGAGGAGAGUCAUGGUUUUAGAGACGCUGUAGAAGGACAGAAUACCUGCUCUGUGAUCCAGGUACACUCCUACUCUGUAGGACAGAGGACCUAAGACAUCAGUGCAGACAUUGUUGUGAACAAAUUGAUAACUGUCUUUAUACCACUCUAACCUCCAAGAUUUGUCAUUUUCUCCAAAUUUACAAUCCUCUGAUCUCCCUGCUCUGCUGAUAGUCUUGUAUGCGACUGCUACAUAAACCUCAUCCCCUCUCCAGUCCACCUCCCAGUAACAACGUCCAGUCAGACUCUCUCUACUCAGGACCUGUUCAUGAUCAGUGAAUCUGUCUGGAUGAUCAGGAUAAGACUGUCGUUGAUUUGUAUAUGUUGCUCUUCUGUUUCCUUGAGAUAAUAACAGAUAUCUGUUUGCUGUGUUUGGAUCCAGUGUGAUUCUUUGUGAAUAUCUUAAGAAAUCAGCUCUGGUCUUGGGUUCUGGUUCUGGUUCUAACAGUAAAACAUCCACUUCAGUCACUGCCUGUGAGACGUUUGUCCACGUCUCUCUCAGAAGAUCCUGGAGUUUCUCUCUGAGCUCUGACACAGCUGCUGUCACCUCCUCAAAGUAUCUCAGAGGACGGAUGUUGAUUCUGGAUGAGUCUGCAGGUUGACCCGGUUCUGACAGUGAAGGGUAGCUGUGCAGAAACUGGUUGUGGUCCUCUGUGAGUGAGAGCUUCUGCAGAUCAGCGUCUUUCCUCUUCAGCUCAGUGAUCUCCUGCUCCAGCUUCUCCUGACGCUCUUUGACUCGACUCACUUCACGUUCCUGCUGGGAUCUGACCUGCUGCUCCACGUCAGAGCGGCGUUUCUUCAUGAGACGGAUCAGCUGGUUGAAGAUCUCCUGGCUGUGCUCCACUGCUUUAUCAGCAGAGCCGUUGAUAGCCUCCACUUCAUGUUGGAGCAGCUUCACAUCUUUCUUUCUGUUCUUGAUUCUCUGCUGGAUGUUUUCUCGACUCUCCUCCAGAUCUUUCUGCCUCUCAGUCCUUUCUGCUGCAGCUGAGACUGUGUCGUGGCCUUUGUGUUGGUCCAAACAGCAGAUAGAACAGAUGGACUUCUGAUCAGUGCGGCAGAAGAUCUUCAUCACCUCACCAUGAUGAGAGCAGAUGUUCUCCUGGAGCUUCUUGGAGGGCUCCACCAGCUUGUGUUUCUUAAAUGAAGGUGAUUCAAAAUGAGGCUGAAGGUGAAUCUGGCAGUAAGAAACCAGACACUGAAGACAGGACUUGACAGCUUUCAGUUUUCUCUCACUGCAGGAAUCACAGGCCACAUCUUCAGGUCCAGCAACAGAGGAACCAUCAGGAGCAGCUUGGAGUCCGCUCUCCUUCACUUCCUCCACUAAACCUGCUAACAUGGUGUUUUUCUUUAGGACAGGCCUCCGUCUGAAUUUCCAUCUGCACUGAGGACAGCUGUAGAUCUUCCUCUCACCCUCAGUAUCCCAGUAGGAUUGAAUACAGCUCAUGCAGAAGCUGUGUCCACAGGAAACAGUCACCGGAUCCUUCAGAAGAUCCAAACAGAUGGAACAAGAGAGAGACUCACGGUUCAGAUGAACUCCUUUCUGCGCCAUUUCAACACUCACUGUCGACAGCGACUGACUGACAGAGUUUUAUUUCCUGAGAAGUGAAACUAGUCUGAGCUCUGAUCCUUUGUCAACUCGUUAGAUGUUGGUUACACCCAUCUUCAGACUUUGAACCUGAUAAGAUCUGGGAGGAAAAAUCCAGUUUUUCUACAGACCAGAAAGAGGAGCGGCGAUGUGAACUUCAGACUCUCAAACUCCAACAAGCAGAGGUUAUUAAAGCUGCAGCGGUCCUGAAGAUCAACUGAACCAACAUUUAUUCACCUCAUAUAAACCUCAUGGAUCACAGAAACACUUCCACUGUUUUAUCCUGAUAUCCACACAUAUUUAAAUAUACAACACAUAUAAACUCUCUCUCUCUCUCUCUCUCUCUCUCUCUCUCUCUCUCUCUCUGUCUCUCGCUCGUUGACCUCUGGGGAAUGUGUUAUUUGGUUUGUGCUUGUUGUUUAUUCUCGGACUAAACCAUUUUGUGCCUCUAAGAGGGGGGCCCCCAGAAUGUCCAAUAAGUUGGACAUGAGUUGAAACAAUGAAGUAUGUGCAUGGGUUGAACCUCAGACAUCCAUCUAACGGACCUGACAGUUCAAAUCUUCAGAGUCCAUUUAUACACAGGAGGCCAGAGCAGCAAAAACAUGAGUACACAAAUGACCCGGUUAAAGGCAAAGUCACCUCAGUAAACAGGUCGAAACACUGGAGGAGAAACGGGGCUGGAGUGUCGACAGGAGGGAACAAAACAAACCGAGCUUCAAUACAAACAGAGAGUGGGGAUAGCAGGACACAGGUGCAGGUACAUCUGGGUAAUCGGGGGGCAGGUAAUCAACAGAACCUGGGGCGGGAGACACAGGUGAGUAACAAAAUACAACAGGAAACAAAAGACAAGAGACAUGAAGCUUUGAAGUCAAUCAUUAUUAACAGACUGACGACGUGACAGAUAUUAAUACAUGUCAAAAUAAUAACAAAGAGGGAGUCCUUUACUUCUUUUCAGGCUUCAUAUCGUGUGUCUGAUAGCUUUUUAGUAAUUGAUUUAAGGCUUGAACAUCUCCAGCAUUCCAGAACCCUCGUCCACUGUUGCAAUGCUAGAAAGUCACUAACUAGAAUGUCAAAUUUUGAAUCAGAGAUAAACAAUCUGAAAGAGACAAAAAAAGUCCCAAUCAACAACGGACUUGAUGUUAUGUUCGUUAUGCCUUUAUAAGGAGAUGCCCCAAUUGGUGAUGUCAUGAAUUGAGCAGAUUUGGUGCCCUCUUAUUAGAGGUCAUGCGUGAACUUUUGAACAAGCCCUCAGUUUUCAUCCGGGGAAUACUUGGACACAACUUGAAUUUUUGCACACAUUUUGUGUAAAGUAACCAGAUGUCCCCGAUUUCUGCGGACAGUCCCCGUUUUGGAUGACCUGUCCCCAGCAAAAGAUGUCCUCGAUUUAAGCGUUUCAUGAACGAGAACCAAAAUGUUGCAUAUGGACUAGAACAACGGUUAUUACAGUAGCCAAAUAGGUAGGAAGCACGAGUAACUGGCUUAACCCACAGGAUCCGGAACGGCUCCGCUCCGGACCGGCAGGCGGAUCAGAUCCGCAAGCAUACAGUGCCCACCGGAUCCAAUCCACCGCUGCCAGUGUCGGAGGAGAAGCGCUCACGAGAUGACUGAUAUUUCUCGCGAGACUGGACAAGAUCUCACAAGCUCUCACGUGUAUCCACGGGAGUCAUAGAUUGAGACCCACCGAUCGGUGCAUAUAAGCGGCGGUGUACAUAAACACCCACAUCCCACAACCCUGGUCUCUCCUAUAUCAAGCUAAGAGCAGUUCAAUGUACUGACUUCAUUUUAUUUUGAAAAUUCACUGGGUAUUUUACUCUGUAACUGCAUACAACUUCCGCUGCUGCUUGUUCUGCGCUGCACUGAAUUGAUGUGCCGUGCUCCGGCAUCCGGCAAAAAUAGAAGCCUUGCGUAUCUGAUCCGGCCGCCGGAGCCGAUCCACAGUGGAGCCGGACACCGAAAAGAUUCUGUGGAAUGACUCACAUUGAUUAUAAUGCUCGCAGAUUUGAGCUGCCGACCGUGCCGAAGUGUAGCGGAACCGUUCCAGACCCUGUGGGUUUUGCUCGUAAGCAUGUUGCGCGCUGUCCUGAACAACAGUUUUUACGGGGGGCGUGCGCUGCUACUAGGUAGUACUGAGAUGUUGUCUGCGAUGACGCAGCCGAUGCCCCUUCCCCUACCCCCCGGAUGUCUUUGGAUGUCCUUAGAGAAAUCUAGUCACCUACGUUUAGUGUUGACAUCUAAUAUUUGAAAAAGUUAAAGAGAGGAACAUGGCCACUUUUCAGGAAUGCUGUGCACUUUGAGGUCACCCAGAGGUGGAGUUUUUGUCAUGAUGAAGUGACGUUUUGUGCAGUUAUCACCAUCUCUGAGCAGUAAAAUUGUCACUCUGCGUGGCUGUUUGUGAAUAAUUCAUUUUUGUAGAGAGGCUCAUUUUAGAAAAGAAGAGCCAAUUUGGCCUCAGAGGAGUGUGUAAUGGCUCAUUGAAAUGUGUGUAAACAACACUGCAGCACAGAGAUGCUAUUUUCCACGGGCGGCAACAGCUGGUCUUCUGAAAUGAAGCUAAAGCAGAAGUCGUAAAAACUGCAGUUCUACAUGUGUCCACUAGGGACUGGCUGCAGAAGCACUCAACGCCACAUAAACAGUCAUUUAAAAAAAGGAGUUUUAAAAGGAAGAUGUUUACAGACUGGUUAAAAAAAAAGAGUUCUCUAAGGAGGUGUUUUGGACCAAAAAGGAGGAGAUCUUGAUGAAGGCCCAGAGUUUGCUGGAUGAGUAAACAACUCACCUGGUCUAGGAACGCCUUGGGAUCCUGCUGGAGGAGCAGCUUUGAGUGCUUGUACUGUCUUUCGACUCAUUUGUUUGUAAUAAUGAUAAUUAUAAUAAUUAUAACGUUCGGAAGUUUGUAUGAGUCCCUGCUGGAAAUGAAUAAACUCUAAGCCUACAAUGAUGAGUCACGGUUUAUUUCCUAGUCUGGAAAGUGACUCUUUGGUUAUUAAGAACGUGCUGAGCAAUAACUCAGGAGGAUAGAAGAGAAAACUCUGCUAAAGUCAGAGUAUUUUGAAACGUGCUCUGCUGCACACUGCUGGAGCCCAUGUGCCGAUCAGAGGCGAAAAAAGCACCAAAAUAAGAGCGGGCUGAAGUGAAGCAGAAUGAUCCUUUAAACAGUACAGCCUCUGCUCUGUGCUGCAGGUUAUUUUUUCUAAAGCAGACGUGAACUGAGUCUGAAUGUUCUGCUGCACCUGAGCUGAUCCCACCUGCCCUCUGGAUACGACCACAAACCCUCCGCUGUGUUUUUUUUUUCUUCAUUUCUGUUUGUCUUUUUUCUGUCGGUCUGCCUCUUUUUCUCCUUUUUAUUCAGUUUGAGAAGGAAAACCUCAAGUCGUUCUUAUUCAACCCCUCUAUUUUUUAUUUCAGACAUCCCACAACUCUUGCUGUUCUUUUUUUCUUCCAUACAUACGCUACCUAAACUCUUUAAAGGGACAUUCAAGUGUUUUUUAAGUGGGGUUGAUGAGAAACUGCCAGGAGAACCGGUACACAAGCUAGGCUACAGUUUACUGUGGAUGGGGUCAAGUCUGCCAUAUGACUUUGUUAAUUUUGAGACACUCUGACCUAGGACCGGGCGGUUAUAUGAUCGAUUAUAUGAUCAACACAACAGAUCUGUUUAAUCAUUUGAAGAAGUUCUUCCUGAGUGAUUAUACGGAAAGUAUGAAAAUGUGGGCCGGGUCUGUACAGCCUGCUGACGUCACGAGUAGCAUUAGCAGUUUAGCUACAACUAGCGUACAGCAAUCAAUUGUCUUAUCUACGCUUACAUCAUCUAAUGUUUACAUUUUAAGGCGUCUUCAUUAUUCCUGAAAGGGCACUUUUGUUUAUUUUAGGUCUUGCAUACCUGCAGAAACACUCAUGACUGUAAACUAGUUCACUGUAUUAUUUAAUAUUAAUCUACAAUUGUUGUCCUGUUGAGUUAUAAUGGUUUUUAUAUUUUUCUAAGUUUAUCUUAUUUAAUUUGCUUUGAUAUUUAAUUUGUAUGUUAGUAUAAUGUUAAACUAAUCUCUACAGAUGCUUUAAAACUGGCAGUUUAAAAAAAAUACAAAAAAAUCGUGAUAAUAAUCGAGAUCGGACGAUACAUCAAAAUAAAUCGUGAUCUUUUUUUUUUUUUUGUCAAACCGCCCAGUCCUACUCUGACCCAAAAACUCAUUUAGGUUCAGUGUACGCUCCACCAACAUACAUCUGUUUUCUUCUUCUUUGUUUUGGCAGACUAGACGCCCUCUGCUGUUUCCAUGUGAUAUCUGUUAGAGCUUAAUUAUAUCCUGUUGCAUAUUCCAAUGGACUUCAGCUACUGCUGCGGCUAACAUACGUCCUCUGUGGGCAAAACACUAACUAGAGACAUACACACUCACACAGUCUCUUAAAUAACCCUUUAAGGAAUAUAUCAGGUAGCUCUUGCCCAAACAACAUGCGUGAAAUGUUUGUGUCGAAAUAUCAAAAUUAUGUUGUCAAGAUAUAUACAUAUAUAUAUAAGAUAUAUAUACAUAUAUACAAGAUAUAUACAUAACUUUCCUGCUUCUCCAAACUUGUCCUGUUUGUUUGAUAAACGUCACGUCAAACUCAACAUUUCUAUUUACUUCACUGUCAACAAGCAGAAGCACAAUGUUCUGCAGACCUAUUUCAUGUGAUGUCCGAUCUGCUUGUCUUCGGCGUCGCCCCUGCUAUUUGGAGUUUAUAACUUUUGCGUGAGUUUUCAACCAAUCAGAAUCAAGUGGUGUGGAGUGAGACAGCUGAGUCAUAAAUGAUGAGAAAGACGUCAGAAUUGGAGCUGCAGAGCAAACCUGAAUGUCUAACACAUCUUCCUUUUCUUCCGGCUUGUUUGUUAAUUCCUGUGCUGUAAGCAGAGCUGCUCUUCAUCUCCGUCUGUCUCUGGGUGUUUGCAAAGAUGGUAAAUUGCUUCAUUCAGGUGUCCCGGUUGGCUUUGUAUUUCUGGUUUUGAAACGAAAAUAAUCAGAAGUAGAAGAGUUUGAAUUUCUCUUUGCAACAAUUUCUGCUAUGAUUACAUUUUCUGGAAAUUUAAACGCUGCAUUUGUUAAAGCCGAAGAUGUGGUUUUUCUCCUGCACAGAGCGCUCAGACAUUUGACAUUUGACUUUCAAUACAUUUUGAAGAUUAAACUCACUGUCCUCUCUCUGUACCGACUCCUCACUCCUUCUUUUCUUACUACAGCUCUCUCUCCUCUCUCUCUCUCCUCUCUGUCUGUCUGUCUGCUGUUGUCUCUCUGGUCUGUUGUUGUGUGAAAUGUAAAACAGACCGGACUCUGCCUCCUGUGAGACAGACUCUACAGUCGGAGCAGAGCAGCACGGCUGCAUCUGAGGUGGAAAAACAAAUAUUUCACUGCGAGCAGAGACUCAGCACUCAGAGCUGCUGCAUCUGACACUUGACAGUUUUCAUCGCAGCAGCUCAGGCUGAGCUCACAGCCACUUUUAUCAGGAUUAGUGAUGCCAAGGUGCGGUGCUGACAGCUGGUCUAACAUUACAGCUGCAGUUUCAGCCCCAGUAUUACUUCGCAUAAAGCCACAAAACCAUAACUGUGUUGAAACUGAGAGUGUGUUUAUACUCCAGGGACAGUUUGGCCUUUUUAAAAUGAACCUAUUUGUUUUCUGGCUGGAAAUGAGAGAAGACAGAAGGUGAACUCUGUUGAAACUAAAGCAAUUAGCUGUUUGGAUUUGCUGAAAUGUUUGGAUGCAGUAAAUUAUAAAUGAGCAAAUAUCUGCAUAUGUGUUUCUGCAGCAGGCUGUCAGUGGGCACAGCUGGUGUCAAUUCACAGCUUUAUUUGGAGUUAUGUCCGAGACUUUCAGAGAGUCAGCUGCAAUAACGCACCCGACUCACAAUGCCAUCUGAACGUGGAGCUCGGGUUCAUGAGUUUUUCAGGGAUUGACGGGUGUGAAAAACCAAGAUUAUGUUCACGUUUUAAAACAGUGAUACCGUCAUUUAGCUCUUAUUUUUUACACUGCCUUACACCAGAAUUACUCUGUAUCCUGUUUUGAUUACAAACAUGCUUUUAUUUCUUUUGGGCUGUUGUGAAAAGACGUUAAAGACCCAUGUUUUUCUUGUUGUCUACAUGUUCAUUUUUCUGAUGCUACAGGACAUAUCAGGAGAAAUUGCACUUCUGAGUAUUUCUGCAUUCAGAUCUCUGUGAAUCUCUUGCAGACCCAAAUGGCAGGUUCAGACACAGUGAGAUUUUCUAUGUCAUAAACCCAAGCUCCGCCCCCGAGCCCAGCUAUGCAUGCCAGACUCGGAAAAGUAGAGAGGACGAUCGCGGAACAACCGUGUGUGUUAGCGGAUUACGAUGCUCGUAAGAAAGCUAAUUAUGAUAUUAACUUUAAUCAUGUCCUCAAAGACAUUAGUGUCUGAGAGCUGAAUACCUCCUACGUUACCUGCCACUUCUACUACAUUGGCAAUGUGCGGCGACAAGCUAGCGUGAGGAAGAGUGUGCAGAGCAGCGUUAUCUCGGCCUACAAUUCAGAUGUGAAUUGCUAAUGAGCUACUGGAGCUUUGUAGAAGAAAAUGACACAGGUAAUGUGAUUUUGGCUAAAAACUUAAUGCAAUUUACAGACCACUGAUAUCAGUUUAAGUAGUAAAAAAGAAAAAACGAUCAGAGUGGGACUUAAAUGAUUGAACCGCUAUUACUAAAAAAUACUUACAUGCAACAGCUGUGUUUGGUGGUAUGGCUCUGCCCUCAGAGCUCUAUGCCAAGAGGAAUGCCAAAGCCUGUAGCAUGAGAGCACACCUCCCCUCUGUUUUUAUGUACAUAAUUGAAAAACCAAGGCAGGGAGAGCAGCAGCAAAGACCAACGGGAUACAGUAUGACUCUGUUGUGGGAGCUUCUUGAUCUUCCAUGUGCACAUGUGGAAUGCCAAAGCCUGCUGCAGGGGAGAGCCAACCUCCUAUCUGUUACGGGAAAAGAAGCCAAGGCAGGGAGAGCUGCAGCAAAGACUGACAGUAUACAGUAUGGCUCUGUUCAGUUAGCAUCCUACUCUCCAUGUGCAAAUGCAGAUUGCCAAAGCAUACAGCAAGAAAAGUAAUCCUCUCCUCUACAUUUUUGUGAAUACAUGAAAUGCAGAGGCAGGGUGAGCAGCAGCAAAGACCUUCCUGGGUGCAGACCACAUCAGGGAUCAGUGACAAAAUACAGUAUAUGACACUGGUAAAAUCAGACACAGCAUAGAAAAGAGGGGUGGGAGUUAGGGUGGGUUGUAAAGACUUGCAGAGGAAGCAGGAAGAGUGGACUGGCUGAAGUAAUCUUAAUAGAACGUCCAUUUUUGACAUUCGCCAAGUAGAAGCGCAGGGGGUUAUCAGCUGAGCUAUUAGCUGAUUUUGGCUAGUGUUAGCAUCAGCUGAUAUGGGCUGAUCUUGAUUUUCAUUGGCUGCCUGAACUAAUUCUAAAGAGAAAAGAAAGCAAAGGCCCCCUGCUGGUGGAAAACGGAGACUACAGUCACUUCUUAUCUCAUUGACUUCAGUCGCCAUUUUCACUGAUUUAUGACUCUGUCAGAGAGCUGUUACGUCCCUACCUGCUGGUUCUACAGAUAAAAAACUUCUUAAACCUGCAGACUCUUGGCCUCAAGUCUGGAAAAACACUUCAGGGAGUUUCUGAUCCUGUCUUCGACAGCCGGCCGCAUGAACCCACAAUAAAUCAAGACUAGACAACGACUUCCGAGGCCGUUGUACCGAGGUCUUUAUUUUCGUAUCUUAAUGUAUCUCUGAUUCUCCUUGAAGUCGUGACGGUUCAGUGUGUCAACGAAAUCUUUCCAGACUUUUUUAGCCUAGAGGAAAGACUCCUCUCCUCUGAAUUGUCUUUUCUUAAUCUCUCAUGAAAUAAGUAGUUUUCUUACUCUGAGAUGACUCAAUCUCCCGUCUCUCCUAAAGCUCCCCUCAGGAGAAAUGAGGAGCAUCAGUGAAGAUCAGUCCCAGACAAAUGAUCCAAAGGUAAAAAUAGAAAGAGGAAAUCGGUCCUGUCAGCCUCUGGGAGCUUCAGGAUUUUUCUGAGUGAUCCACCUGAGCUGAUGAAGACUGUCAGUCAAUCACGGUACAGUUUAGGGAGACAGAGGAGUUGUUUUUCUGUCUGUAAAGUGAUCUUUUCAGCCUGUUUGAUGCCCUUUUUGGAUCCUGGUGCUCAGUUUAUUUAUAAAAAGAGUUGUUGGUGCCUUUAGUUUCUCCUAAAGGAAGUUGGUUCAUCUAAGACUAAAUCUCUCAGAUCUCGGAUGCUUCAGAAACUAUCUCCCCUCGAACCUUCUGCAAUUACUUAUUUGAAACUGCUUGCUUAUGUUUGUAUCUGCUGCAUUGUCGUCUGUGUCUCGGCACCAUUGCAGAUGAGAUUUCAUAAAAAUAAAAUGUAGUAAUUCAGACACAAAAACUGAACAAAGUUUAAUUUUUUUUAACCAUGCCUCCUUAAGGGCUUGAGUGUCCUAAAAAUGAGUUGUAUCCUGGUUUUAGUCAUAUUUGGGAUCUAGUGUUUGCAUCAAUCAACAACCUCAAGUCUUGAGAAAUUUGCAUAAAAAGUGCUGAAAACUGCUGUUCCCUGAGUGUCCACUAGAGGCUGUCUGCAGAGGCACCGGCAAACAUGUUCACACCGAAAUUAAACACAUUCAGACUCUGGUUCAAGGACAGCUUUGGUCUGAAUAGUUCAAGGCUUUCAUGGCACCCACAGUCCGGGGAGUGGAUUCUGGGGGGUUUCUCCGGAACGGGUCUGAAAUCAGAAAAUGGUGUUUACAUGCUGAAACACACACACACACACACAAAAAUUGAUACUUGAAGUACCUGACGAGAACUGAGAUUCUCAAGUGAGACUUGUGCUUGCUUAAAAAAUAAAACGUUUGCCUCGUUUGGACGCUGUCUGCCUCCUUGCUGGGUUAAGCCACCGUGAGAACAGCACCCUCUAGUGACGGGCUGAAGUAUAGCUCAUAAAUCCCGUCUCCUCCAGCAAUUCCUACAGACGGGUUUCUGUGCAAUGUCAUCGCUGGUAUGCGCACGCAGCCUUGGGCCAGAAAGCGGGACAUUUUUCAUUUGUUUACUAGUGGAGUCAACGGAGAAAGUAAAUGACAAGGAGCUGUUGCGCUGUAAACUGCACGAAUCUGUAAAACAAACAAUCGGCAAACAUUACCACCCUGCUCCUGAUGUUAGAAACAUCUAAAACAACGUCAUCACCUGGUAAAUUGAGUGAAAUUCAUGGACAUUUCAGCAAGUGUUUUUAUGAUUUUGAUGCAAUGAAAGACGAAGUGAUUUUUCAAUGAAAUGACAUUUUUUUGCAAUUGUGUCCGGGAGAACUUGCAAACAAUACGACAUCUUCAUUGAUAUCAGUUCACUCUGAAGCAGACUUUUGCCCAAUGGUUGCACGUGCACCUAGUAUUGUUUUACGCAAGAGACCCGCCUAUGGAGCUGUGGACAAACUUUAUAAAUUAAUUACACAUAAUAUAAAUCCCCCCCCCCCCCCCUCACUGGUUGUGAUGUUGACAUGUAGUUACUGUAAGAUUGGUCUGUGCUCAAGUCCUCUUUUUUUCUGUGCAGCUCCAUUUUUAAAGGUUUUAAGGGGUUCAUGUUUUCUAUGAUUGACACUUGAUACAGCCUAUGGGCGUACGAAGAUUGCACAGCUCACCCAGUGGAUACGCUGUUUGAGCCGAGCGUCAUCACAGCGACUCUCCCACUGAAUGCGUACAACGCUGGAUCGUCCAGAACAAAGUAACUCAAAAGUAAGCAGAUUUAUUGAACGACUGGGGCGGAGGUAUGAUGCAGGUUUUUAGAAAAUAACGGAAACAGAUGUCACAGAGUGUAACUGAUGGUGGCGAGUCCACAAAGACCUUAUGGGAGGGUGUUUUACGGAUUCCCAGAAUUCAUUCAGAAAGAACGUCCCUGUGCCAAUAUGGUACAGGGACACACAGACGGUCGUAUACAUCUGUGCAGGAAGCAGGAUGGUAGUUAGCAGCAGAACUCCACGGGAAGCUCCGAUCGUCUGAAUGAAACCAGCUGAGAGCUUCAUAGAAAACCUACAGCUGCAUGAACACAGCAGCAACAUCUGCAGAGAGGAAACGUGUGCAUGACGCACUCACCGAUCAGUCGAUAUCAUCCCUGAAUUCACAAUGUACCAAUAUGACCGUGUGUGAGCUCAGUCAUGUACGAACAACAUUUCUGUUUCAUUUCACAAAAACGUCCUCAGAGUUGGAUUUACUAUAUGUACUGUUGAUGAAGUUAGGUGCUGUUCUGAACAUUAUUUGUGUCUAUAGAGUGGCAUUUUGGUUGAGGUUUGUUUAUGGCUCCUCAGACUGCUGUGUAUUGCUAUCCUGUGGUCGUUGCUAAAGUUGGUAUAACUAGAGAAGCAAGCGGCCUGUAACAUUCAUCUCUUGAGGGGGUGUCUAACUUGGUGUUACGGUUUGUUUGACCCAAAGUUAAUUUUACGACAGAAUAUCCCCUUAAGUGCAGAAUUGACAAAAAACAACCUCCUCAGUUUUUUCACGGCGUUUCAUGUCGUUGUACAUUUUCUGAUGUUGCUCCAGAGUUUCUUUGAAGUCCGCAGAGGGACGGCUCACAUCAAUUCACAUCAGAACCAAAUAUAAAAAUACAGAAAAGGCUGAAAAACUCAAUGAGAAAUAAUUCACUGUCAACACGAGCGCUCAAAACAAGAAGUUCUCUGUAAGAGCUGCUGUUCAGGCUGUUUUUGGCACACAGUCACCUUCAUUACCGAGACUGACACACACAAACACACACUCAUUACUCAGAGCUGUCACUACGGGACAGUCAGUGACUUACCUGUGUGUGUCAGUCUGUGUCCUCUCCUCUUUAUUUCCUCAGAUUGUCUUCUUUCUCUCUUUGCUUACGUCCUCAAAUUUCCUCAAAGUUUCUCAUUUGCAUGUUUUUUCAUGCUCUCAUCCGUAAUUGUUGUUUGCUUGUUUCUUUCUUCUCUUACUCUCUGUUUUCUCCUGCUGAUAUUCUGCAGACCCUGCACUCAUGCUGUUUAUUUCCUCUCCUUUAUUUAUGCUUAUUAAGAGCCGCUGUUGUUGUUGUUGUUGUUUAUCUGGCACCUUCGUUUCGUUUUCCCCUCUGCCUCUGUGAGACCUGAGCGUGUGCGAGCGCAGACUUCAGGCUGAGUUCAGACAGAGGCACAUCAGUAAUGGAGAGUCUGUCCUCAGCAGAUAAACAUUAGCGCUCUGUUUGAACAGCCGACGUUUAUUUUCCUGACACGCACCUUCUCCUGGUCAGACAAAUAAUUACUGUCGUCUCCGAGUGGAAAAUUGAGGAUGACCCGAGGAGGUCUCGCUGCUUUGUACAUCUCAGGAAGCUGCGAAGAGUAGGAGAGACAUGAUUUUACAUAAAACACUCCUUGGGUUUCUUUCUCGGGCCCCUCAGGAAGUUCUGCUGCUGUGGUUUAAGAAAAUUAAUCACGCACUUUAGUUGAUCCUCUGCAUCUUUUCUGCAAAUCUGACCAAUCACCAAACUCCAUUCUUACUGAUCUCAUCAUGUUUGCAGAGAUUGAAGUGCUUGUUUUACUUUGUCCUGAAAUGUGUGGAAGUCUCUGCAUGAUAGAGGCUUGUUCAGUCCACAGCUGCUCCAUCCCAGCGAGGCUCAGGUGUGACUGUUUUCCUUUCAUAAGCUCCCCUAUCAGCCUUUACCUACAAUAUGUUUUAUUAAGUAAACACAUGGAAAUAAACCUCAUCAUUGUGAUUAUUUAACCGUUUUUGGGCAUUAAAAACUGACUGCAGUCUGUUUAGCGACCUUUCAAGCCCCGUGCAUUAACUAAAAGUUUUGGCAUGCAGCGCAAACGCCAUGAUUAUUUUCCAUCUGAUGCAUUUGUUAUUUUUUUAUCAAGUAAAAGCAAAAAAACGUGGCAGUAUGACCAACAAAAUCCUGGUUCUCUUUAAUCUCAAACAUCAGCUCUUUGUUUCAUCUCACCUUACUGUUGUAAUUCCUUAUUCUCUUGUUUGUCUCGACAGCGUCUUAGUAAUUCACAGCCCGUCCAGAGUAAAUCAGAUAGACUCUUCACCAAACACAAACAGAGAGGGUACAUUAACCACAUUUCUGCUUCUCUUCACCUGCUCCCUGUUAAUCUUAAAGGGAUACUCCGGCAUAAAAUUAAUUUACGGUCAAACACGCCGGAACACAGAGUUAGACACCCCCUCCAGAGAUGAAUGUUGUCGACCGCUUGCUUCUUUAGUUAUACCAACUUUAGCAACGACCACAGGAUAGCAAUACACAGCAGUCUGAGGAGCCAUAAACAAACCUCAACCAAAACGCCACUCUAUAGACACAAAUAAUGCUCAGAACAGCACCUAACUUCAUCAACAGGACAUACAGGGUCCUAGUCACAGUACUAGCCACCAAACAUCUUUUUAACUUUGACUAAUUUCUUUAGCAAAGGGACUAAACACAACUCACGUACUCUCUUCCAGCAGCCGUUGUUUGUAGCGAGACCUUGACCAGUCCAUCAUCAUCUACUCCCGGGGGUGCCACAGCUCAAGGAAGAACAUUUAUGAUCAUUUCUUUAUCAUUUUAUUGAAGUAUUAAUCAUCAUAUUAAUCAUUUUGCACUGCAAACUCAGUAGUUCUUCUGCCUUAGCGUCUCAGUCUGAUUGUAUUUCCAUGAAGUAAUGAUCAUAAAUGUUCUUCCUUGAGCUGCGUCACCCCGCUUUAGUCUGUAAUGGACUGGCCUAAGGUCUCGCAGGAUUAAACCCAGUGUUUCUAAAUAAAAAGGCUGAAAUCUGCUGUGUAAAUAGUAACACUCCUGUCUAGAGAUGCGUCUGACUUGAGAGCAGAAACACUGAUUGACAUGCCCUGAUUUUUUGGACCAUGUUUGGACUGAGCCAGGCCAGCUGUUCACCCCUCCAUCUCCAGACCUUGGCUCUAAUGUAGUAUUGCUCUCUUCAUGUUUUGCUCAGCACGGAAGCAAUGAAGCAAAAAAUGUCAGGCCACUUCUUUAAUAAUCUGACCCUAUAUGUUGAGAGCGUAUAUGUAGAGGUCUUGACCUUUAGAGACCACUUAAAGCAGAGAUGGAGGCUAAUGAAUGCCUCUCUGUAACAAUGAGCUCAUUCUCUGAUGAAGGAACUCAAAUGGAGCCGUGCACUUUGGCAGUACAACACGAUGUGGCAUUCAUGGCAGCAAAUCAGGCCGAAGAGAAAGGAGGUGCAGUGAAAAGAGGAGAAUGAAUCGAAUCAGGAGAAGCAGAAAGAGACGGGGAGGUAGAGCGAGCAUCUCGCUCUAAUAGAGCAUGUAACGGGGGUUUGAAUGGAGUCUAACCUGAAUGUGACCUCAUGUUAACACAGACUCAGGCUCUGCUGAUGGUUUCAUGAACCAGACCCCUGCUGCUGCACAUUAAACAUCCAGGAUGAGACCACUUCAUGGAAAUAUACGUACAGCUUUCCUCUCCAGUUUGCAGUAAUGGGCUUGGAUUGAAAAUCCAUCUGUCAGCAGAGACGACUAAAACGCAGGAAAAGUCCUCAGAGCAGAGAAAAUGGAAGUAUGUUCUUUUUUGUUCUGGCCAUUUUUCAGGUUGUUAAAUUGUCAUGUUACAGUCUUCACCUGCAGGACUGUGGGCUUGGAUGAGGCUGGGGGAAACGCUCUGACUGAAAUCCCAGAAAUCCUAAAGCUAGAGUUAGAAAGUUAAAAAAGUCAUCUUGAUUUUAUAUUUUAAAGGAGUGAAGGAAAAGAAAUGUUUUCAGAGCAGAUUUAAACCGUUGCAAGUUGGCCAACCCAUGUCAAGGACAUUAAACAAGAAGUUUGACCUGGAUAAGACUCUGAGUGCACUCAGUCUGGGUUUGUUUUGCUUCAUUGAAACAUUUACUUUGGCUUGAGAAAGAGACGCUAUCUUGAGACGCUCAACAUCGUUGUAUUGCACUUCAUUUGUGUGACCUGACAAACACUGAGAACCCACAGGAAAAGGUCUUGUAUUUUCAGACUCAGUUGGCACAGCCUAAAGGAGAUUUAUACUAUAGAUUAGUUUUGUAUGAUUUGCAGCUCAAAUAAACUCCUUGUGUAUCUGAUACUGGUGUGGGUAAAAACCCUUAUCACAGCAGUAUUCGGUUUCUUAAUAUAAAGUUGAACAGAACUCGUGGGUGUUACUUUUUACACAACUUUGAGUUCAGCAAACCACCUAAUAGUAACGCUUUUACAGAAAACGUCUGAGAACUUAAGGUCCUUACACACCGGGAACAACGCAAAUAUGUGAUGCGGAGGUACGAAAUAUUCGGAGGCGAAUUUUGAUGCACCUGACUAUACACGUCAAGCGCGAUGCGAUUUUGCAACUUUCCGGGGGGAAAAAAGACGCGUCCUGGGUGGAAGCGAGAAGACUGACACAACAGCUGACUGAGUGUUUUCCAGUUCUGAUUAGACACUAGUGUUGAGAUGUCUGUCUGUCAUGAUAGCAUGGACUGAGUCGGGGCCAGUACCAGAUAAACACAUUAAACAAUAAUCCAUAAACACAAGGUAACAACCGAGACCUAAUGGCGCUGUGACAGCAACGCUCUGAGUUUACAGUGAAAAUACAUAUGGUAUGUUGUAUCUGAACAGGUUAGCUUACGAGCUAAAGUUACUUAGCACAGAUGAAAGUUAAAACAAAGACGUUUAUCAAACUGUUAAAGCACGCAAACUAUCGUCAUAUGAGAAAUCCAACGCUAUGACUCUCCACAAGUUGUCCUUCAGGUCGUUAUCUUUGUAAUAUUUGUGUCUUUUAUCAAAAAUCACUCUGUUCUCCGACAUGAAAACAAUCAGCCAGUCGGCCAUGUUGGAUAUACCGCUGAAUCUGACGUUGCAACGACACGAAAUCUGAUUGGUCAGAAGUGGACACACAGUAUACGAAAAAAUAAAUGCAAUAUCGCAGGAUGGGAAAACGUCACUGAUGUGAACACUUGUAUUGACAGGAUACGGGAAAAAAAAUAUUGACGUCCGAAAUAAUCGCAGAAAAAAACUCUCCCGGUGUGUAAGGACCUUUACCGCGCUCCCCUCAGCCCAGUUUACAUGCUCCUAAACUGCAGCGGAUAACAGAAUUAUAUGCUGAUACUUCGGUCUCUGUGAUCUAAACUACGUUGAAAUCGCCAUUACAGUGUUUGAGUGUGUGAUGGAAACAGAUUUUACGGUGAAAUCUGGUUUCAAACAUGAACGUUUGAUCAAGUCUUUGAAGCGUAUUCACUUCUCUGUGUCUUCUCAGCUUUCUCAUGUUUUCAGACAUUAUCAGUCGUCUCUAAUCUAACCAGGCUCCCUCUUGUUUCAGUUCUGCUGGUCCAUCUAGGUGCAGAAGCUUGAGCUGGUCUGAAUUAACUCAAAUCCGCUGCAUCAGCACGUUACAUUAAACCGCAUCCUGGAAAAUUAAAAAGCAGCAAACCUCAGCAAAGUGAGCUGAAAUCCUCAUGGUGUGAAUCUGACCUUCUGCUGCUCCUGUGAUUAGAGAUAUGACAAGAUGAUUAAAAUAAUAUAAUGGUGUUCAUUAAAGGGACUAACAAGGUAACUUGGGACUGACACGCAGUGCAGACUUGCCAUUGACGGCUGUUAUUUGGUCGUUUUUUCUGUAUUUGGACCAAAUUCCUGCAAAGAAAAACAACAUUCCUGCGAGUUUGAUCCUCACGUUAUGUUUACAGACACUUGCGUAAUAUUUUGCAUCUUAAAAUUGGAGAAAUGCAUGGCCUGUUGAGCUUCUCCAUAAUCAACUUCUGCUUUUUAAACAGACUGUGUAUGCGCUCUGCAGCAUGAGAAUCAGCUAACAUUUAAACUCCCUGCCCUCUCAGACGCUCAGAUGAAGAUGGCAUGAGAAAGAGGAGGAGGAGGAGGAGGAGGAGGCAGACAGACUGAAGGGGAAAUGAAACGGUGUUUCUCCUCUGUUUUACUGCCAGUUCUGCUCUUAUCAGGAGCCUACAGAUGGAGAAGACAGACGGAUAUGACAUGCCUGCCCCGCUCUCAUACGUUGUCUUAUUUAUUGUUUGUCGCUGUUGAAUAUGAAAAAUAAAGAAUGCAUAAUGUUGGAGACGCUCAGGCAGGAGGCUUGCUGGAAAGAGCAGACAGAGAGAUACACAGACAGAGCUGAUUUGGUUGGCUGGUGACAUUUCUGCCCUUGAGGAUUCACUUGUAGUUACACGCUCAGUUGAAUGCCUCAAAUGUGAAAUGAGGAUAAAGUGCAGCGCCGCGUGUAUCGCCCGGAAAGACGUUUAUCUUCAACAACACAAUUUGGCAAAUACAGAGCAAAAAAAAAAAAGAGGAGUCGCUGUUCAGACAGGAGAGCGAGCAGCAGAGAGAAAAGGAUUAUCUUUAAUUAAUCAUCUAAAGCUUCAUGUUUGACACAACAGAAGCACAUCAGGUGCCAGAGUCUCCGUCAGCCGGGAGACGAACCUGAACGAACAAAAGACAAGAGAGGAAGUAAAAAGCAGGUUUUGUGUUUGAGUCCACGGUGGAGCAAUCUGGUGGAAGAAUGGAUUUGUUCAUAUUCAAAAGGUGCAUUGAAUGAACGCUGAUUAAAAGAGUUUAGCAGCUUCUUCGUCGCAUUUUUACCUGGAAGGUUAAACAGCUGGGAACCCUGUGUGAGGUCAAAGGCCAGCUCUUAAACUCCUGAGAUUUGUUGCCUUUGUUUAAGAAACAUCAGCAGGGCCGUCACAAAGCCCUAAACUGAGGUUAUUAGUCUCUUUUAUGGAAAUUUAAAUUCAUGUUUAGACAUCCAAUAAUAAUUCGACCAUCUUUCAGCUUCUGUUUUAACUCACAUUCUGUAGAUAGAGGAUAUUUAGUGACACCCAGUGAGAUUCUAGAAUGGAAGAUGACAAGAUUCUAGAAUGGAAGACAAAACGAUUCUAGAAGAUUCUAGAAUGGUAGACGACAAGAUUCUAGAAUGGAAGACGAUAAGGUUCUAGAAUGGAAGAUGACAAGAUUCUAGAAUGGUAGACGACAAGAUUCUAGAAUGGAAGACGACAAGGUUCUAGAUGAUUCUAGAAUGGAAGACAAUAAGGUUUUAGAAUGAAACACUUCCUCACCAUUCUACCCUGUUGCCGAGGCAACAGCGGCUGUCAAGGACUAUAGACUGUAUAUUCUAUGGACAACUUGGUUCCGCCUUCCACCUGUAUACAGGUUUGAAGCCGAAAAGCUCUCGGUAUUUUCCGUGUUUUUUCUCCAUUUCCUGAAACCAACAUUGCGCAGUAGCGUUGAACGCAUUCUGCGGGAGAGUCGCUGUGAUGACGCUCGGCUCAAACAGCGUAUCCCCCGGGUGAGCUACGCAAUCUUCGUACGCCCAUAGGCUGUAUCAGGUGUCAAUCAUAGAAAACAUGAACCCCCUAAUAACUUUUAAAAAUGGAGCUGUACAGAAAAAAGAGGACUUGAGCACAAACCAGUUUGACAGUAAUUACAUGUCAACAUUGCAACAAAUUUUUGUAGCGAGACCUCAGGCCAGUCCAUUACGGACUACAGCGGGGUGACGCAGCUCAAGGAAGAACAUUUAUGAUCAUUUCCUCAUGGAAAUGCAAUCAGACUGAGACGCUAAGGCAGAAGAACUACAGUGUCUAGAGUGCAAAAUGAUUAAUAUGAUGAUUAUUACUCCAAGGAAAUGAUAAAGAAAUGAUUGUUUUUGUUUUGGACUUUUCCAUACGUUUUUAAAGUCGUGUUGUUUCUACAUUUGCCGCACGUUUCUUCCACUGAAGAUCAUUCAGGCUUUUGCAGAUCCCCUUAAUCAGCCACUGUAGGUGUGAGCAUAUGCAAUCAACACAUCACACAAGACCGUCUUUAUCAUGAAGCCGCACGCUGUUCAUUGGCAGCUGCAGGUGAACAUUUGACCUCUCAGAUGGAGCCACGGGCAACAUUUUCACAGCAUUGCAGCACCAGCCAGGGGUCGGCUGCACUCAGAUUAAUAGGUGUUAAUUUGGCAGUGACUGUAAGGUUAACACUCACAGUGGUGAAGAGGGAGAGGAGUGCACAGAAAAUGAGGCUCAUAAAGACAUUGUGAUGAUGAGAACGACUAAUCUGUGGGAAAUAUCUCAGAUUAUUGACAGAAAAAGUGUUAUCAAUACAGAGUGUGAAGACAGAGGUACUUUAGAUCAGAGUUUAUACGCACAUUUAGGUCAUUGUAUCACACCUGUUUGAGCGAUUGAUUUUUGAAAUAGAAAUAUUAUGUCUCUGAAGAUCAGCUGAUUGUAAAUUGGUCAAUAAAUUUGGGCCCGACUGAUAUGGAUUUUUUGGAGCCGAUGCCGAUUAUUAGGUGGGGAAAAAAAUCUAGAUUACCGAUUAAUUGGCAUGUUUUAAAAUUUUGUUAAUUUCAGUAAUAUAUCUACGUAUAUACUUACUUUAUUUUAACAAAUGGCUGCUUUUGAGCCUUUCAAACACUUCUUCAAAAAAAUUAAAGGCAGAAAACGAAUUUCAAAUCAUUUUUAUUGCUAAAACAACCCCUUUAUUUUAACUGUAAUAAAGAUGAUAAACUAAUUCUUUUCAGCUUAUUAUUCAGACAGUAAUGGGUGUGAGUCUGAUUAUUUGUCAAACUUACACACUCCUCAUCCUCUAAAAUAAAUAGCCAAUAUGAAUAAAUACAAAUAAAGCUAACUCACAUACGUUAUAAAAAAUGAGGAACACUGGAUAUACUGUAGGCUACUGCUCUUUACGCAGACAGGAAGACCGACUGAUCAUCUCAGUAAUAUUCCACGUAUUUAUCGUGAAUCAAACUCAGACCAGAAAAGCUUCUUCAAGUUAGUGGAUGAAGAUUGUCAUGAAGUCGCUGCGCCAUCUAUAAGAUAAGUCAGGGAACUUUUCAAAUGGCAGAACAUUUCUGAAGUGAAACCGAAUCUUAUUCUACGUAUUUUAUUUCAGAAAAUAUCGGCGAAAAUCAGCGAGUUUUGGCCGAUUACUGAUUAGGCUCAAACGGGCUAAAAUUGGCUGAUUUAAUCGGCUUGUCGAUAAUUUGGUCGAGCCCUGCCAUAAAUCAAAACAAAGAUGGCAGCCUUCCAUUAGCAUAGUCGUCUAAUAACAGAAAUCACACUUUAACAUUUAAAAUAAUCCAUAUAUUACAGAAGAUUAACUUGUUUUGUAAGGGAGUUUGUGGACAGAAAGCUGUCGUUCUCACGGAGCGAGUGGACUUUCCUCAAAGUCAGUAUGAUCUAAACAACAAUGUAAAGCUGUACCGCUCCUGUCCUCUGUCCACCAUGUUUAUUUUCUUGGUUGCUGUUCGCUCUGACAACCUCUCCUGAUGUGUCACGUCAUUAUUUUUAUUUUUGCAGGGAAUGUAGAACAAGGUGGGAAGCAUUGAUAAUGAAACCAGUAUGUAUAAGGGGAAAUGGUGUCAGUGAGUGGAGUUAGUUGGUGUUGGUUCUGAUCUGAUCUGGAUCUGCGAUGUUUACGCUUGUCUUUUAGUGUUUAAAUGAUAACUUGUAGGUAUUAAUGGUGCAGGUGUUUCGGGACUGUGUACAGGUGAUCGUAAGAGUUUCUGUACUUGGUGUCAAAAUAAUAGUUUGUGUUUUAUUUUGGAGGGUAGACCAUGUGAGCUUUUAUUCUGUCUGGUCGUCUGAUUUGAGCUGUGGAUGUUGUGUUUCUGUGGAUGUUGGUGUGAGGAGCUUACAGUGAGGUUACCACGAGUACAAGAGAGACCUUUACCUCACUUUUCCUCCAGUUUUUCCCUCAGAUGUUCAGUUAAAGUGUCAGCUCCUGACAGCUCCGUUCACCCUCUCAACACUGGGACAGUUUUUCUUUUUCAGGGGCAUUCAUGGAGAAAGUUUGUCCUUUCAGCUCCGCUUUAGCUCAGGAAACUAAAAUAUCUUCUUCUACUGCUGAGUAACAGCAGGUGGGCGGGGCUUGGAUGGAGGGCAGUGUGUGCAGUCGCUUUGAAUUGUGGGUAAAUCUCUGCUAAUGUAAAUGUAGACAUGGAGGCACCAGAGACGAGGAGGAGGAGCAGACUGGUGGGAUUUAAACCGGCAACUUUUCAGGGGGGGAACCUUUCCAUUUCCCUCUGUGUGUGUGUGUGUGUGUGUGUGUGUGUGUGUGUGUGUGUGUGUGUGUGUGUGUCAGAGCUGCUUUCUCGGCAAGAGAUUAUUGCACUGAUGCCCUGGAGGCAGCAGCAGCCUAAAUGACUUUAGACUCAUUUUCUGAGUGUGUGUGUGCGUUGUAUUAUACUGUAUGUGUGUGUGUGUGUGAGAGGGCUGUAUUAGAUUGAAGUGUGUGUGUGGACGUGUGUGUGUGUGUGAGUGGUGUAUCCCUGGGAGGAAGGCAGCCAUUUAAUCUAUUAUUCAGCGUUGUUACUAAACACAUUAAUUAGAGCCUGAGGUUCAGAUGUUGCUGCAGCUGCUGAGAGCUUCAACUCCAAACCUCCUCAAUCCUGUUUCUUUAAACUUAAGAACAACAUCCAAACCUGACCUACAGCGUCCACGGUCACUAAACCUCAGUUUGACUCAAACCAGCUUUCAUGCAUUACCUUUCUCUCUGAACAGGCUGUUACCUUGUGUCGUGACACUCAUGUAUUAUUACUGUUCUCCGGGUCAUAAAUCCUGUUAACCUCAUAAUCUCAUAGAUUACAGUCGUUUGCUGACUCCCUGAUUGAUGAGCAGCCACACGGACGAAAGGGAGUUAAAAAUAUGAUGUUAAUUUUACAGGAUCAACACCAGCCGCUGUAAUGGUUGAAGAUUUGACCUUAUUAGCUGUCAUCUUCCAGCCUGAUACAACAACCACCACCACCACCAUAGCAGUCAGCUGAGAGUGGGUGACUGUUUAAACCACAACAUCCCCCCACCCGUGUGUGUUUUUGCACUAAGAAAUUUAUGUCAUGGUUGAAAGUCUACAUUAGUGUCUCAUUUCAUUUCCUUGAGGGAACUCCCAAAAGGAUGAAUAAAUUUUAUCUAAUCUAAUCUAAUCUAAUCUGAUCUAAUUUCAAAAUAAAUAUUUGAUCAUAAAAACUAAAUAUUGAGUUAAAAUUACAAGGUAAGAAGUAGGGCUUGACGAUAAACCAAAAAUUUGCUGAUACUGAAAUUUACGACAAUAACCGACAUCAUUUUGUCCAUAUCAGUUUAUUUGGUGUCGAAAAAAUAAAUAAGCAGGGGUGAGCAGCUUGUGGAGUAGUUAUCAUCCAUUUAUCGUUAUCCAGGUGAACUGAUCAAUAUAUCGUGAUAUUGAUUUGAGGCCAUAUCGCCCAGCCCUGGUAAGAAGUCAUUAUUGGGGAAAAAAAAGUCUUUGCUUUGACUUUACAUGUAAGUCAUUCGCACCAAUGAUAAAUGAUUUUACUGGCGCUCGGUGUGUGGAGACGGUCAGAGUUUCAGUUUUCCAUCUGAAAUAAACUUCAUCCUGUUGGGAUUUUAUUGUAAUAUUGUGGUGAUGUGAAGAUGCUCGUCUUUUUACUCUGUUUAAAAAAGAAACUCUUAACAGAGAGAGUCCUGGAGGAAGCAGCAGCAGCAGCUCCGUCCCACUCAUGACUGCUUGUCUGCAGUCUGUGACCUCUGACCUCUCUGCUUGUAGUGUCAGUGCUGCGUUCAGUGUCAGUCACUUCAUAUAAAACAAACAGGGAGUGUAAAUGUCACUGUGGAGUGUCGGAGCGGGGAUCAGAGCUCGCUCAGUUUCCGAACCGACUGGACGUCAUUCUGGGAAAGCGGCGGGCAAAAGUGUCGUCUGAGUGACGAGAACGAAGAACGACGGAGUGAAACAGUGACCUGAUCGUGGGAUGUGUGUCUGCGGGCCAUUCUGUCCUGUCUUUUCAGCAGAGGAGCGUAAACGCCGGAGCCCUGGGUUGUUGUGAAUGGAAGCAGUGGAGGAUGAUGAUGGUGGAGGUACUCAGCUGUUACUACCCUUCAGCUGAACGAUGCUCCUCUUCCUCCUCAGAAUCACUUAUCACAGACGGACUGAUCUGCAGGAUGGAUGGAUGGAUGGACAGAUGUCAGGAGGAUAAACAGCUCCGUGUGCAGACGUGGCCUCAGCUGUGAGCCCCGCAGCUCUUGUUAUCGUCUCUGGGCUGUGUUUAAAUAAAGCUCUGUCUAAAAGCUUUGAGUGGCGAGAUGUCUGACUGGAGGACCAUCCACGAGGUCGUUUAGCCGCUGUGAUGUCACCGAGUGUGUCCUUGGCGAUAAUUAGUUCUCAUUGACGUUCAUCUUUACAACGAGAGGAUGAGUUUUCACUGUCAGUCAGACGAUUUCAACUCAAACGUACGUCUGAUUUCAACGAACAUGUCUGAUAUUUAACCGGGUUUAAUUUCUAAUAUUUAAUCAGACUGGGAAAUAAACCAUCAGUCAGGAAGAGUUCAGUUACCAGGUGAGGAAAGGGUUCAAACCAGAGGGUUCUCACUGGCACCAUGCAGCUGAAUUUUUGUGAAACCACUCACUUAAAGGUGGGGUAGUCAGGAUCUGAGUUAGUGACAGUUUUUGGGAGAAAUCUUGAACGUAAACUCUACCCCUCCCAGCUCCUCCUCCUCUCCUCCGUCUCUGCUCCACCCACAAGCAGACGCUCCUGCUCGCUCGCUUCGUUCCAAUUAAAUUCAGAUCUAAUGCAGAUAAAUACUUCAGAUAAUUACAAAUGGGGCCCAGUCAAUGUGAAAGUCAAAAGCAUUGGUGCUACUGUAGAUGCCAACAGACUACCAGCAAACACAAUGUUUGCAGGACUUCUACAACUAGGAUAAAGUGACAUAGUCCAGGACCCGAGGUCAACAGUUUAGCGGCACUACAACACACUACAGCAGGUCCGUUUGACAAGAAACACUUCUGUUACAGACACUUGGCUUAUUUUGUUAAAACGGUUUACCUGUCCAGCAGAAAGGUUACAGGGUCACCAAGAUCCCGAAGCGUCCCCCAUCGUUUAUGUUGACCCGGCUUUUUAGCUCUUGUCCGGUCUACCUCCUUUCUAAGCCCCCGUUAUUCCACCAGAGUCUCCGGUAUUUACUUUGUUUCCUUGCUUGUGUCCGCAGUCGUGGCUAAAGGAGGAUUCAGACAAUUCUCCGAACUUUCCGAUUGGUUUCUACUCUCCGAUAAACACCACAAAAAAAAAAAAGGUUCCUGCCUACCCCACCUUUAAUUAAAUAUCAGAUUUCAUUUGCAUGGCGUCAUAAGAGGUGAAAGGAUUUGAGCUCUUUUGUUAGUCACAUUUUAAGCUUUUAUAAAACCUCCUUUCUAACCUCAAGACUUAGGAUUGUAGUUUUUUAUGAUUCUGAACGAUGUCUCACUUUUUAGCCCAGCAGUCACUCUGUGGUUAGCAAUUUUGAUCAUUUCAGCCUCACUCUCACCGUUUUCAUUCUGUCCCUUUGCUUUUAAGACACAAAAAGAUACACAAACCUCUCCUCUCCUCCUCCUCUCUGCUGUCGAAAAUCGAAAAGUCCCUCAAAUCACUCCCUAAGUCCUGUUCUUAAACUCUAAGUGAAAACGCCUCAUUGUUUGAGUAGAGGUGUUUGAGAGAGUUGCUAACAUUUACAGGAGUAACAGCAGGUAUGUUGUCAAAACUCUGAAUAAUAAAGGUUUAGAGAAAGGACUCAUGUUGUAAAAAUGUCCUCAGGAUCAAACCCAACAGUCCUGGAGCUCACAGCGUCUGUCGACUCUCCGCUCUCUGACCCUCUGAUGAAGGAGCGCUCGGUCGGCUCAGCAGGACAGCGCUGCUAAUGCUAAGAGACAGACACCUCGUUAGCAUGAUAGCAUGCGCCUGAGGGCAAACGUCUAUUGUUAGCAUGAUAGCGUGGCCCCAGAGGGGAUGGGGGGAUAGGAGUGUUGUUAGCAUGUUGGUGCCGGGUGCAGGGAUCUAAGGCUGAACCGAGGUUACAAACAACUCUAGCUGACCUGUUGGUCAUUUAACAUCGAUGUUAGACGAUGAGGUUCCAAAGAGUCCAACUCUCCUCUCAACUGUUUGAUUUUGGAAAAUUAAAGCUAGGUGGUGUAUGUUGUAUGUGUUUAAUGGCUUUGGACCCCUUAACUCUGGAUUAGAUUGAUAAUCCAGAAAGGUGGACAGUAAAUGAGGGUUUAGCUUUUGAUAUGUUGAAGUAUUUUUGUGUACUACUUGAGGAAAGAUGUCAAAAUCCUCCAUUUUCCACCGUGGAGAUGAGCUGGUUGUCCAAAGAUGAAUUCAAAAUGUGGUGUGAGCUCAGGUAUAAAAUAAAAUUUAAAAAGUAGACUUUUUCCCAGUUAUGUAGAUUAAAGCUCCUACCAAGAAUUUUUGGUUUGUGCCAACUCUGCUGCCCCCUGUGGACAAAGCAGUGUCCGUUAACACUUAGAACUCCACUGGAUCGCCGGUGAUCCCACGUGACACCAUUAAUAUUGUUUACAGUUUCUCAGUAACUAUACCGUGUAUCUCUAUGGGAUAAAAAGUGUUCAAAAGGGUACCCUUUUGGCGAUCUAUCGAGGGUUUCCAGACAUUUCUACACCUGCCACAAGAUUUACAAUCCAGCCACAAACAAAGGUGUUUGAUCAGAGACGUUUGAUGGUAAAUCCGCAGUAAUAUACAGUAAAAACAUGAUUAUUUAUCAGAUUGUUGUGAUAAAAAAGAUCGCUAUUGUUAAAUGCCCCUAAUGUCUACAAGGUUUGACAAGCUGUUUUGAUGAUGACAUCUUUUUCUGUCAAACUUUCGACCAAUUACAUGGUCUCAUAUUCUUCUUCUAUUGUUCCCUUGACGGUAGUGUCCAAUAAGAGGCAAUAAAGUUGUCUGCAAAAUAAGAAAUAAUGGUCCUCAACGUUUGGAAACAAGCAAAGAAGAGAUGCUGAGCAGUAUGAUGUGGUCCUCUGUCUCAUCCCAGACAGGAACUGCUUCAAGGAGUGGCAUGAACAACUGUAAAUAGUCAAAAACGCCUGGAAGAAUUUGUGUAACAAUAGUUUAUGUUGUGUGUUUGUUCCAAUCCCAACAUUUCUUCUCCUGGUAGCCAAGACUUGAGAGAAUGAUGUGCAGGUGAGAGAAGGCUUGGUCACUGUAGAUUUAUGUGUUUUUUGAGCAAAGUACUGUUGGGAUCAAUUUCUGUUUUUGCUUUUCGAUUGACUUUGAUGGUUCUGAAUCUAUUGUUAAAUGCAUUUUACAAAAUUUUUGCACCUAUAAACUGACAGCUGAGGUUGUCCUGAAACAAAAGAAGUGUAUAUAUUUGCUGUGCUUGAAAGGAUAGAGGUGCUACAGAGAUUUUUACAAAUACAGCCGGGAGUUUGAAGGGUUAAUAUUGUUUCUGAUUCCUUAAGUCGCGUCUUCUUACAAAUAUUAAUAUUCUUAGUGGAAAAUAACAAAAAUAAUUUGAAGUGGAGCUGUUCCUUCAGCAGCUCCUCUGACACCUACCUUUGAAAUGGAUUUCAGGCAUUAAAAAUGUGAACAUAAAGCUUGUCAGUCUGGUCUCUGAUGGUCUUCUUUGCUUUAAUAUAUCAUUAAAAAAAUAUAAAUAAACUUAAACUUAAACAUGAACUUGAGUUUCAGUCAGUUUUAUAAAUGUCAAAAAACUCCACAGGAGCUUUAAAAAUUUAAACAGAUUUUUAUGUCAUGUUUUAUUAUUGAGCGGAUUAUGGGGUACAGAUUUAUUUAUCUAUUUAUUUUUUUAUUUAUAUAUGUGUUUGGUUGAUUGACAUUUGAUUGUGUUUGGUUCACCUACUUUUUUUAAAUGAGGAUUUUCCCCCUGAUUACUCUGAAACAUCAGUCCUGUUUUCACACAGUCCGAAUAAGAUGAGGGCCCAGAGGAGCAUUAAAUAAGUCUUUUAUUUUCUGAAUGACUUUAAGGUCCUCCAGCCAGGAGAAUGACUUCAUUUUAUGUCUUAAUCCCAGAGUGUGAAGGAGCGCUGCAUGAAGGGUAAUUUGAUUAUCACCAUUGUUGGUACAGGGAUUUACCAAGUGGAGGCCUUUUGUGAGAAACAGGAAACUUUAUCAGCUUCACAGCAGCAGCAGAUAAAUCAGCAGCUGAAAUUAAGUCCGCCUACCAUGAAGAUAAGAACGCUUUAUCAUCUGUUAGCUUGAUACCGAACACAGAUCUGGCCGUAUGGAGCAGCAUCGAGAUUAAGAAACAGAUGAACAUGUAAAAGGAGACGGUGCUGUUGGGAGUGACUGCUGAAACUAAAGUAUCACCCUCUGGCUCGGAAAAUCUUCUAAAUUUCUUGUAUCAGCAGCAGCUAACACAAGAAACACGAUUUAUUUAUGCUGAUUUGAACACUUUGAGGUCUUGAUUGUAAAAUGGUGUGAGUUUCUCCAGCUUCCUCUCACACCUCUCUUCUUCCUCUCCCCUCAGUCUGCUCCCAGUUCUCCAAAGGCGUCUACGCCAUCAUGGGUCUGUACGACAGGCGGACGGUCAACAUGCUGAUGUCUUUCUGCGGCUCUCUGCACGUCUGCUUCGUCACGCCGUCCUUCCCUGUCCAGACCAACAACCAGUUCGUCCUGCAGCUUCGGCCACAGCUGCAGGAGCCCCUCAUGGCCCUGCUGGAGCACUUUUUCUGGACCAGGUUCGUCUACAUGUACAGCUCCGACUCAGGUGAGCACGCAGGAUGAACGAUGCAUGCAUGAUUGUCACUUAAAAACAUUUGAUGCAUUACAAACAUUUCAUUAAGACAAGAAUGGGAUGACAUUUCAUACUUCAAAUACCGAUAAUUAUUUGUGUAGAUUGGAUGAUUGGAUUUUUUAUUUCAUGCUUUGAUUUUGUUCAACUCAGUAUUUAGACUUGUGUCAUUUUUAUACCGUAGAUUCAAAUUUUAAGUCAUAUUUUGAACUUUUAAACCUGAUUUCAACGUUUUUCUCAUGUAUUUGAUCUUUAAAUGCAUUAUUUUUCUAUUUUUAACAUCAUGCUCUGAUCUUUUGAACUAAUAAAUAAAAAUAGAAUAAAAUAGUAAAAAGUUUUCUAUCACAGAUUGCCUUUAAACUUAUCUUUUUAUCUUUUUAGAAUUUCCAAAUGAUUUUGUAAUCAUUGCUAUUUUUGUUACAUAUUUUUUUAAAAGAUUAUGACCCUUGCUGUGGUUGAGUUUGACACCCCUGCCAUAUAUGGUCAGUUGGAGGCGUUCCUGAAUGCAAAUGACCCUAACCAUGACCGAGCACGGUAGUAAAGAACAGGUGGGAUUUAUCAUCACCAAUGACUAACUAGUGUGCGUACGACCGGUGUCCGCAUGUUUGAUGAAUACAGAUUUUUUUGUACUUACGCACAUUCUUAAUUUCAUUCCUACGCCAGAAUUUAGAACCUUUUAGAAAUGAGGCCCCAGGUUUGAUAAGAUAGCCUCAAAUUCUGCUCAGUAAAGUCUCUAUGAAAGAAACCUGCAAGAGCUCGGGAAGAAAAACACAUUUUUUUUUUUCUCUCUGAGUCUGUUUCUGUGUGUACACUCCAUUUACACUUCACACAACCAAAAAAGUCUUUGACACAUUUCUGGUGUUUCCAUGAGCGCACAAACCGAGGAAGUGCAUGAAAACAGGUGGGUGGAAACUCACUUAAUGAAGGAUAGAGCAAACCGGAACAGAACAAAAAAAAAAAAAAAGUAUCUUUAGUUGGUUUAACUUUUUCAGAACACCUCCAGUCGUUUCCGCCUCCACCUCUGCAGCCCGGUCUGUGCAGAAAGUCACCGAACAUAAUGAUGAUGUUUGACAGGAGCUGCUGCUGCCUGUCAGCCAGGAGCUUCACUAACUGCUGAAUAAUUCACGUACAGAGACAGAAACUUUGAAUUCUUCCUCUGAGUCAGUCUUUACCUCCAGCUCUACCAUUCAAAUAAAUAAACACACUGUCUGAAUUAGCAGAAAAAUCCCUCCCAGCCUGGUGAAGAGUCUCCCCUCGGCCUGCGAUGUGACGGUGGAGUCCAUUUGACAGCUGGUGGCGGACUCUGUCUAAUCUUAUUGCCUCUUCCAUCUGCCCGGGACCCACAGCAGCAAGUCCAUCCAGUGUAACAGUGCGUAACUAUCGGCCCCGGCGGUGCCGUCUGUCUGAUGUUAUCGCUCUUCAACAUCUGCACAGACGGUGUUAGCUUUAAUCUGGAGGUAGAGGGGCUGUCCUCGAGCUGACGGACUCUAGACUAUCAAUGUCUGCGCACAGCGCCCCCCUGGGGGAGUUUGAAAGGUAACAUUCAAUAAACACACCUAAAGGGAUAUUUCGGCAUUUUUGAAGAGAGGGCGCAGAAGAUACAUGUGGAUGUCGGUCAGCUCCGCCCCUUUCAUAAGGAACGCCAGUAAAAACAAGACGUUAGCUCUGCUGCCGGGGUCACCUCUGCUGCUUAAUUUAGCCAAAAAGUUAAUUAUACGGUGAAGAAUAGAAAAGUAUCACUGGGAGAAGCUGCACACAAGCCAGGCCAGAGAUUUCUGCAGAUGAGGCCGGGAAAUUUAAUUUAAAGAGACUCUGACUUAGUUCAGAUAUACACUUAAAGGGAUAUUCCAUGUAAAAUUAAUUUAGAGUCAGAGUCAGAGAGUUAGAACCCCCCUCAAGAGACGAAUGUUGCCGACUGCUUGCUUCUCUAGUUUUACCAACUUUAGUAACAACUGCAGGAUAGCAAUACAGAGCGGUCUGAAGAGCCAUAAACAAACCUCAAUCAAAACGCCACUCUAUAGCCACAAAAGCCACUAGCCACUAAACAUCUUUUUAACUUUGACUAAUUUCUUUAGCAAAGAGACUAAACACAACUCACCUACUCUCUUCCAGCAGACGCUAAAAAGAUGUUUGGUGACUAGUACUAUGGCUGCGACCCUAUGUACUGUUGAUGAAGUUAGGUGCUGUUCUGAACAUUAUUUGUGGCUAUAAAGUGGUGUUUUGGUUGAGGUUUGUUUAUGGCUCCUCAGACCGCUGUGUAUUGCUAUCGUGCGGUGGUUACAAAAGUUGGUAAAACUAGAGAAGCAAGCGGUCAGCAACAUUCAUCUCUCGAGAGGGUGUCUAACUCGGUGUUAUGGUGUGUUUGACCUUAAAUUAAUUUUACGCCUGAAUAUCCUUUUAACUGUGCUAUUACAAAAGCCAAUUUGACAUCUGCAUGUAAUGCACCAAUCGGCUGUUUGGUCUCCAUGAUCAUGAUAUGCCAUUUAUUGUUUACUGGAGUAAUCCCUGAUUACAUGGUGGGACAGGUAAUCCAAGUCUUGAUCCAAAGGGGAAGGUGGGCCGGACUCAGAGCUAGAAAUGUAAAACCUCUGUGACCGUGGAUAAACUGAUGGUCUGGGUGUCUGGGUGUUCACCUGGAAGUCUUUGGCAGAGUCUUCCACCUUGCUUCCUCUGGGGAUGGGUCACAUGAUCUUAACGUGGACUUUGCUAACAUCCACUGUGGCUAAAACACCUGCAAAUGACAUGAAACUCAAACAACCUGACUUUAAAAGUGCUGAAAUAUUCCUUUAAAGGAGAGUCAGUAACAGAGAGAUGACUAAAUGUUAUUUGAGAAGAAGUCCCAGAGGAGACGUGCUCCGGAGGCGACCUGGUACCUUUCCGUCCUUCAGCUAAUUUUCCAUCCUUUGGUCUGGACCAGGACUUGAGCUGGUAACCGUCCAACUCAUGAGUCAAGUUCCUGCAGACUGAGUCACUGCUGCCCCGGCCACGGCUCUCAAGUAUUCACAUUUCAUCCCACUUCAAAAUCCACUUUAAUUAAUUCAAGAGUUCGAGUUUGGGAUCAUCAGAAAUUUCACGAAUUAAAUAAAAAAACUAAAACAGACCCCUCAAUAGUAUAUCAAGCUAACAAGAGAACUAACGUCUGAACUCCUCACAGCAGGAAACAGUGUUUUUUUUGCUGUUUCCUUUCCUCUUCACUUCCAUCUUUGCUGUCUUCUUCUCUCCUUUUUCAUUUCCUUUUUGCUUCCUUCUUUUUCCUUCUAUUUCUUUAUUUUUUUUUCUUCCUUUCCCCCCUCUUUCUGUCCAUUUUACCUGUUUUCCUUGUUUUCUCUUCCCCUCUUUUUCCUCCUCUCUUCUCCUAAUUUUCUCCUUCCUGUUUUAUUUCUUUUUCUUCUUUCUCUUCUCUUGCUUUUUCAUUUUCCUUUUUUCCUCACUGCAUCCUCAACUGUUCUUUUGAUUUUUCUCUCUCUGUCUUUCCCUCUUUUUUUGCUCCUUUUUGUUUGACAAAUAAUCUUUUUUCACUUUUCUUUUCCCCUUUUUACCUGAUUUUCUCUCCAUCCUCACCUGUUCUUCUGAUUUUUCUCUCUCUGUCUUUCCCUCCUUUUUUUCCCCAAAUAAUCUUUUUCACUUUUCUCUCUUCUUUUCUUUCUCUUCAUUUUCCAUUUCUUUUUGAACUCUCUUAAUUUACACACUUCUUAUCUUCCUCAUUCCUCUUUCCUUUCCUCCUCCUCUGUCUGUUCACAUUUCUUUUCCUCUCCUUUUUUUCAGUCUUCACUCGUCUUUCUUUCCCUCUCUGAAAACAUCUCUGAGUGUUUUUGAGUGUCUUAUUUUCUGCUCGGCUGCUGGUUGACGACUCACUGCAACACAUUCUCUGAUGCCUUCCUGUGUGUGUGUGUGUGUGUGUGUGUGUGUGUGUGUGCGUGUGCGUGUGCGUGUGUGUGUGUGUGUGUGUGUGUCUUUCCAAACGGAUGUCUAAAGAUCAACAAACCUACAAAUUAUGACACUGUGAACUUUCGAGCCGGCUCUGACCUUUUAUUCGACACACGGACGCACACAAACACACAAACACGCACAUGAAGAGAUAAAGAAAUUAUGGACCCUGACUCAUCCCAUAAUUAUCGUUCUGUCUAGUUGCCAUGGUUACAGCCUUGUAGGAAACUCAAUUCUCUGCACACUGAAUGACUGUCGCUGUGUUAAGCGUGAGGAAGAGGAGUCGUGUUUUCAGUCCUUCACUUCUCCUCCUUCUCCUUUUUUGUUCUUAUUUCAUCCUCCUCUCCUCAUCACCAUAAUUCUUCCUUCUUUUCUUCUUUUUUCUUCUCCCUGGAUCUUUUCAUACUUUAUUUUUACUGUACUCUUGUUUCCUUUUUCUUUUCUAUUCACCUCUUUUUGCGUUCCUCUUCAUCCUUUUCUCAUUAAUCUGCCUUUUCCUUUACUUGUCUUUCUGUAUAUUUUUUUCUCUCUUCUUUCUCCCUCUUCAGUUGUCUUCAUCAUCCUCACCCCUUUCCUUUCCUUUUUUUCAAUCAUUUUUUCUCUCUUUCUUCACUUUUCUUUCUUUUUCUUUCUUUCUAUGAUUUUCUUUUCUCUUAAUUUUAUUUUUUCUUUCUUUUCUCUUCCUUUUUCCUUCUUUCUCUCUUUUAUUUUUUAUUCAUAAAGAUAUACCUUUAUACCUUUUUUUUGAACCUCCCCGUUUCUUCCUUUGUUAAUUUCCUUCUUCCGUCUUCUGACCGCUCAAGGUAGGGGAGACCGGGGCUUGUUGUCACACCGCAAUCAUCUUUGCCACCAGAGGGCGCAACUAAAAAGUGAAAUACCAGUUUUCUUCCUUUCCAUGGUCGGGGGUCGUGUCCUGUCUGAGAAGAGAGAAGAACAUUUUGAGCUGAGAUGAGCGCCAAUUAACCAUUUCGCACAACCCAAAGUAAAAAAAUAAAAUUAUAUAUCCUGUACCAUUUAUAUAUCCUUAACUCUGCACUGACACAAGAUAUGAAAAUGACAUGAAUACGAAAUAUAUACCUGAGACUUUGGUCUUUGCAUACAGGAUAAAAAUGCUUUGCACCAGGCAGAUAACCGAGCUCUUCCUCCUCCUGAUUGUCCUCCUGUUACCGCUCUCUCCCGAACCGUCCAGAGGACUGACAAAGCGUUCUUAAGUUCCUCUCUUUCUGCUGCUGCAGUCGGUUUUGUUCGACUCUCUUUAUCCUCGUCUUGCUGCCUUGACGUUCCCUGAAGCACGGUGUUUAAUCUCUAGUGGUCUAUGUGUCUGAACUGAAGAGCUCAGUGUUCAGUCGACCCUCUCCGGGACAGAAACCAAACAGAGACAGACAGACAGACGGACGGAUGGACACUUAACAUGAACCCACAUCAUCUCCCAUGACCAGAGGCUUUGUGUAUUUGCACAUGAAUCUGAUUUUGAGUUCAUUUGAGGUCUAAUGUCCUCAGAAUCCACCCUCUCUGUGAUGAUCUGGAUUAUUUUACUUCUACUAGUUUGGAUGUGACUCCUUCCUCUCUUUGUCACACUUUCUUGGCCCCCCCUGCGCGGGCAGAUGGCUCGGUUUCUUCCUGUUGAAAAGAGGGUUUUCCUCGCCACUUCUGACAACUGCUGUCUCACGAAUGAUUAAAUCAAGUCUCUCUGUGAAACACAUUCAGCUUCAGUUUGUUUGAAAUGUGCUCUUCGAAUUAAAUUUGAUGCAAACAUUUCACCAAUUAGAGGAAAGGUCAGGGCCGAUGCACGGUCAAAAUGAAGGACGAGUUUGGCCGACAAAAAGCCAAAUAACAGCAAAGCCAGAGUCGACAUGUGGGGAAAUAAAGGAUAUGACACUUCCAACGAUGCAGGGCGAAUAUCGGGUGAUGUAAGGGAGAAGUCAGGGCAAUGCCAGACUGUUUGCCUCGUUUGACCUGAUUUAGCCCCUACAUCGGCCCUCAAUUGCCCUCUGUCAGGCACCAAGUUGGCCCUGAUUCAUCCCAUAUUCAGCCCUAUACUGGCCCUGCAUUGGCACUUAUUUGUCCUUUAUUUGGCCUGUAUUUCUCUUUUAUUGUGAUUUUUUGGGACAUAUUUUGGCCCCGCAUUGACCCUGAUUUGUUCCAUAUUUGGCCCUAUGUUGGCCCUGACUUCUCUUUUACAUAGCCUGAUAUUUGCCCUGCAUUGGCACCAGUGUCGUAUCCUUUAUUUUGACCCUGGCUCGUCUUUAAUUUGACCUCAUGUUGGCCAAACUUGUCUUUUAUUUUGACCCUGGCUCUCCUGUAAUUGGCCAAAUAUUGACCUUGUCCUUUUAUGGGCUCCAUGUUGACCCGAACCUGUUCUUGAUUUGGACCAGCACUGGCCUUGGUUUGUUCCUGAGAUGUCUGCAUGUUGUAUCAGACAGUCUGUAGUGUUUAAUGAGCGUCUGAGGACAGAUGGAGGCUGAUGCUGUAAUUCUGUGUAAGAGCUCUGCUGGGAGAAAUCCACUGGAAGUGAUGGAAACAUACUGGUUCACUGCCAAAGGUCUCCUCUCUUCAUCUUUUUCCUUUUGUUCUCAUAUAGUCCUUCUUUUCCUCUGUUCUCUUGUCCUUUUCACAUUUCUUUUUUCUCUUAUUUUUAGUCCCUAUGGUCCUUCCCUACUGCUUUCUUCGCUCGUCUCUUGUUUUCCUCUCCCCCUCUCUUAAAUCUCCUCUCUUUCUCUCUGCAUUAAUAGUAAACAACAUGCAUGCAGGAUUUUUAUGGAGAUUAGAUGCAGAACAGAGAGCAGAGUUGUGUCUUUAUUUUUAAAACACUGCUGUGUCUUUCUUUGUCUCGUCUUCCUGUUUCUAUCUUUACUGGCUGUCUCUCAGUUUUAGUCAGGGACACUGUCUCCGUCACAGCGUGGGCGUCUCACUGUAUAAUUGAGGGUUAUGCUUGUCAUUAACACAUACUUGACUUGUUUUGCUCGGUGUUAGCUGCAGAGUUGUCACUGUGUGGAGGAUAAUAAACAAAAUACCUGUUUGAGAUGUGAUAUAAUCUCAUUAUGUUAAUAAUCCUCUCUGUGUGUCAGCAUUCUCAAGUGUUUGACAAUAACGUCUCUUUCUUGACAAUAACCAGGUGUUUCCCAGACAGACUGUACAUUUACAACCACCCAGAUAUAUUAGUGGUCUUUGUUUUCUACCUGUUAAUGAUAGCCAUCUGUAUGUGAGGUGAUUUGCAUUUUCAAAACGCUUUGCAAAAGAAAAAAACAUGAACGCAGAUAAGGAUAACGAAUCAGAAAUGGGCACACUACCUCCAGUGAUUCUGACUGACUUUAAUUGCUAGUUGUUGGUUGUUGAUGAAGAGUCUGGAGAGUUAGAAAAAGUAAGUCAACUAAUGUUUGUUCGCAAAUUUCCAUUGCUUACCGAGAUGAUCACAAAACGAUAUUAUCAGAGGCAAUUUGCAAGCGAACUUUAGUUUCCUUACUUUUACGAAGUCUCCAAAAGAUCCACAGUCUGUCUGUAGUCUGCUAGAAACGCCGGCGGUAAUUUGUCCGUUCCUGAUUUCGCUGCAAGAUUACUUCUGUUGUUGUUUUGGAUAUGAAAUCGUUUCACACUUUCAGGCCACCGUACAUCUCGUAUCAACGUACUCAUGAAUGUUCUGCAUGAGAAACAUUUUUGUUGUCUGCUGUUUUGUCUGUCCUAAAUCAAUCAUGAUGUCUCAUGUUACAUGCACUCUAUAACGCACUGCGAAUUUGCACCACAUGCUAACGUAUUCUGCUCACAACAUUCACAACACCCAACGUGAACUUGCUCAGUGCGCCGCAGCAGGCAAAGAUCGCUCCUGGAAAAAACGCAAAAAGGAACAAUCUUUCUGAUGGCGAAGUGACGUGCUGAUAGAUUCUACAAUAGAGCCCACACCUGGACAGAUGAGUGGGCUUAAAGGGAUAUUCUGGCGUAAAAUUAAUUUAGGGUCAAACACACCAUUACACCAAGUUAGACACCAGCUCAAGGAAGAACACUUAUGAUCAUUUCUUUAUCAUUUCUUUGAAGUAAUAAUCAUCAUAUUAAUAAUUUUACAGACGCAGUAGUUCUUCUACCUUAGCGUCUCGGUCUGAUUGUAUUUCCAUGAAGAAAUGAUCAUAAAUGUUCUUCCUUGAGCUGCGUCACCCCGCUGUAGUCCGUAAUGGACUGGCCUGAGGUCUCGCUACAAACAAGUGGCUGCUGGAAGAGAGUAGGUGAGUUGUGUUUAGUCUCUUUGCUAAAGAAAUCAGGAAAAGCUAAAAAGAUGUUUGGUGGCUAGUACUAUGGGGGGUGUCUAACUCGGUGUGUGUUUGACCCUAAAUUAAUUUUAUGCCCGAAUAUCCCUUUAAGUCAGUCAAAAUCAGCUAAACUGCAUGUCAAAGUGAGCUGCAGAAAGCUAGCCUAGCUUGUAUGCUGGCUUCCCUGGCAAGAUUUAUUGUGACUGAUCCGAUGUUUACCUGGGAGCAUAGCUGACUAGAUGAGAAUCAUGCUAUACCAGAGAAGACUGUAAACUAGAGACUUUCAUGAGAACAAUAUUCACUGUAGGAAUAAAUCAGCUGGGACGUUUGACUGUUUUCCACUUUUUAUACAAUCAGAGUUUCUUAUUUCAACAAAUGGAUUCAUCCUUUCAGGGAUGAGACACUCGAAGGGUCUAAAGAGGUGCAGCUUUUGUUUUCAUUUAGACCCAAGAAGCUGUGUCGACCUCUUAUGUUGUAGUCUCACUGAUUGGAUAAGACUGAAGAGUCUGUUUUUUUACCUGAACCUGGUCUUCCUGGUGGAUCAUGUUUCUGUUGACAGCCUGACAGUGUGAGGUCAGACUCUUCUGCUUCAAUAAUGGAUUACAGCGCAGGAGAGGAGCGAGAUAAAAGAGUCAAGUCUGCCCACUUCAAUCUCGUUUCACAAAACUCAUCAGCAUUAUCUUCAUCUCUGAUGUUUAUUCUCUCUUGUUCGAAUCAGGACACUUAAACAAAAAUAAAAGCACCAGAGAGCUGCGUCUCAAUGUGGAGCGGUUUUUGAAGUUACGCUCAGGCCAAGUCCAGCCUGAGGCAGACGGCGCACAUCACAAGAGUUUGACUCCUCAGCGAGAGAGAAGAGAGACGCUUGACGAUCAGCGUGAGGAACCACUGCCACUUACAUCCACCCCCGAAUAAAUAUAUCUUGUCAGGAGCACAAAUCUGUGGAGUAUUCUGGUCAGGAAGGGAGACAGUGACGUAAAGUCAUCAACCAGACAAGCACGUACACUUUCAAUUUGUCAAGUCUGCAGAGUUUUUAAAAAAUGUUGUUUUAACAGAUGUCGGCGUUGCUGCCUCAUGAUGUGGUUGUCAGGUUUUAACUUUCUCGACUGUCAGCUCAGUCUUGGAGCUUUUGAGCAGUCCUCUACUGAAGUUACGACCGACUUUUAAGGCUUUCAGUGCAGCCAAAGUUUAGCAAAAAUGACUCCGGACUGAGAUUUCUAAUUUUCUUUCCCAACUGCUGUUUACUGUUUGCCUAACAACGUGGAAAUGCAAACUAGAGUUAGUUAGAGACGCACAGAGGGGAUUAUCAGCGAAUUAGCUUCACCUGAUAGUUGGCAGAAGGAGCCUUCAAAUGUCCGGGGUUUUGAGGUUGUGUAGUGUGGACUAACUGAGUUUAAAGCAUGUAAAAACACUUGACUCGACCUGAAAAACCCUCAAUAUUUUGUGCCUGACCCUGCCCCGCGUAGUCGUGUCCACUUUUUUGGGAUCCAGAAUAUGGUCCCCCUAGCUUACACUGAUCUGUAAAGUUUGACUUUAUGUAAACAAGCGCUCACAAAUGACCUUCAAGGAAAAAACAUGGCAGACUACAAAAGACAGCUACUGCUAGCUGCUUAACUUCCUGACAAAUUGAUUUCAGCAGCUGUUCAAUGCCUAUGAUCAUCAUUGUGGUUGUGGUCUGUUUUCCAAACAUGUUGCAUAAACGCUUGUGUCGUCAGUGUUUUAGUGCGUGGGUUCAUAAUUCUGACGUCUGUAUGUGGUGUCUUGACCACCAUUGCCAUGGUUACAUUAGCUGUGCUUCUUUAUUCAGUCAGCUUGCCUUCUGAUUGGCUAUAGAUAGGGUGACCAUAUUCUGAAUCCCUAAAAAGAGGACACAACUACGCGGGGGCGGAGUCACAGAGUCACAGAGUCAAGCGUAGUUAAUUUUGACGGUUAUCCGCGUUGGGUCAAGUGUUUUUCGCGCACUUCUAACUCAGUCAGUCCACGUGACACAAACUAAAAACUUCCAUACAAAAGCCUGGACGAAAAACGAGAAUGUAUGGUAUGUAUCACCCUACUAUAGAGUUGUUUGACGUGACGGUGGACAGCAGGAACGAUCUACCAUCCUGCGGGUUCCUCUGUAAAUACAGAGCAAUUUCACACACCUCAGGAUAAUCUGACAACAUAAUCUUGGACCACCUGAUAACUGAGCUUUAUCCCUAAUUUAGAUAUUUGUAUUUGUUGUGUACUGAUUUCCAAAUUAAGAGCUUGCAGAGACAUGGUAAGCAGCAGCAGCCGGUCGCUGAACAUCUGUUAGUAUUACCUUUGACUUCCUGUCCAGUUUGAGUGAAUCUUUUAUGGAUUUGAUCAGAUUUAAAAUGGUGAAAAGAUUCAUUGAGAGAAAUCCUCUUAAACAUGAGAGAAACACAUUUCUAUAUGAGAACAAAGGUUGUGAAAAAAUCUGCGGAGGAGUUCUUCUCCAUGUGUAAAGUCACCCAGUGUACCUUUAAACCUAAAUCCUGAAGUAUAAGAAGUGAACGCUGAUUCACGAGUCUCUUCUCUGGCUCUCAGGUCUGUCGGUGCUGCAGAGGAUCUUGGACACAGCGGCGGAGCGGACUUGGCAGGUCACCUCAGUUAACUUGGACACUCUGACAGAAGCGGCCUUCAUCAAACUGCUGACCGACCUCGACUUCAAGAAAGACUUUCAGAUCAUCAUCGACUGUGAGCUGGAGCGACUCAACUCCAUCCUCAACCUGGUAAAACACACUCGCUUAUCCCCGACAGCAGGAAAACUUUUCAAAAACUUGAUUUAUUAUUUAAUAAUUAUUUUCAUUUCUUAAUCCAUCCGCUUGUUGUUUUGGUUGUUGAUGAGGAUCUUUGAGGUAACUUCACCACUUUAUUGGCCAACAACAGCAGUUUCCCUCUGAAUAAGUCUUUUUUUUGUCAAACAUACAUUUAUGGGUAGGUUUACAUAGAGGACUGGAGGCUGGUGGUACGAGCUCUGAUAGUGGUCGCCAUGUUCACUAAAACAAUCUGUGCUUCCAUGUUCACUAACGUUGAAUAACGUGUGCUCAGUUUCAACUGUUUUCAGACCGUUUUCUGACCUUUGAAUAAGUCAAGAGUAAAUUUCUGUUCAAAUGACUGAGAAUUUAUCGUUUCGAUGCCUUCCUUACUCAGCUGUUUGUUAAAAAUUGUCAUUUAUUUUUUGUGUUUCCUUAUAAAGAUAACUUAAAAAACUGAGCGAUAUUGAAAGAUAAUACGAAAUACUUUGUCGUGCAUUUCAACACUGAGAUCCAGACUUAUACCAUCUCACUAUGACACGGUGACCAUAUCCUGACUUCCCAAAACGACGACACGACUACAUAGGGGCGGAGUCAUGGAGUCACACUAACUUCAUUUUGAGAGUUUUCGGGUCAGUUCGAGUGUCUUUUACAGGCUUCUAACUCAGAAAGUCCAUUUGAAGGAUUUUAUAAACUUCCUCGGACAAAGUUGGAAAGUCCCCAAAAAGAGGACCUGUCCGGUUAAAAGAGGACGUAUGGUUACUCUACACUACGACAACUGUUCAGGCGUCUUACCCCCAAUUUCCACCGCAUCUGGAACGGCUACGAAAAGGCCGUAUCCACUGAUCAUAACCAUUUAAGUUAACGUCUCAAUUUCCACCAGCUUCUUUCCGUUCCUCUGCAGAUCGCCGGACUCCACAGCUGAUCGCAAGAGUUCUGUUUUUUUUCGGACGCCGGAGCAUGGCGGAUAAAUUCAGCACAGAUUAACCCAUGCUGGAAAGGAAGUCGGGCACAGACACAAAAUAAAACAUCUGGCUUUUUAAAAAAAAAAAAAAACCCGCCGUCUUUCAGGCGGAUCGUAUUUCGCACCAUGCAAACAGGUGGAGACGGACAAGUGAAAGGUUUUUCGACGUCAUUUAACCCUGAUGACACCAUGGAUGAGGAGAUGCUGAUUAUAAGACUCAAAAAGUAGAUUACCUACUCUGGAAGGACACACUAUACUGCUUAUAUGGUUAGCUUCUAUGGCUGUCUGUAUAGAGACAACUUGUUAUCGCGUGAUUGCACGUGAAUCUGCUGGUUCUUGUGAGUUUUCGCGAUUCCUGCUGUCCAUAAUCCGCCUCAAAAUUCGCCUCACAAACGGAUCUGGUAGGAAUUGGCAUACGGCAAAAAACGCCGCCAUUCCGGAUGCGGUGGAAGUUCCAGGUUAUUACAAAAAUGUCCAAAAAGAUGCCAAAGAGAAAGAGAGUGUUUUUCACACUCACACAGCGAAUAAACGCUCCCCUGUUUUUUUCUCUUUUUUUCGGUUAAAUGACCUAAAAAAACAGACUGAGUUUAAGUUUUUCUGUCUGUUUUUUCGCCCCUUUCAUUGGGGACUCUGCUCUUAUAUUCAUGCAGAUGAGAUCUCUGCUCUUCAGCUGCAGCUGCUGUGACUGUGGUUUGAUUUAGAGACUCCACACUUUGAUUCCAGCUUCAUUGAUAAUUGACUGUCGGGCAGGAGAACACAGGCGGCGUUUGGAAACCGUUAAGAAAGAUAAUUUUGCAUUGGAAAUGUUUUUUUUUUUUUUUGGACUAUUUGAACCAGAAAGAGAGGUUUGUGUUUUUUUUUUGUCAGUGUGAACCCUGUCCAGAAAUCAGACGUCAUUCGGGAAAUUCCUCUUCCCUCUGAGCUCCAGCUGGCUCGCGCUCCCAAGUAUCAGGUGCUGCUUUGAAUCUGGGUGGUGUUUAGUGUCAGCUGAACUUGUUUCAUGUUGGAACUAUCAGGUGGUGUCCAGCUCCUCUGAAGUCUGACCAUGUGGUGCAUUCAGUUUGACAAGAGUCAGGUGGAGUUUCAGAUCUACUUCGUGGUUUUGUCGGCGAAAACCGAGCAAAUGUUGUAGAAGACCCAGAAAACUUUCGUGUGAUUCCACCAAUGAAAAAAGAAUUUGAUUCCUCCUGCAACUUUUCUUCAUAAAAACAGUCAGCCAACGUUUUACUAACAGGCAUCAUAAAACAGACUCAUUUCAUCCCGUCUUAAUUCCUGAGAUUUUCUGAGUAAAUUUAGUUCUUUGUAUUGGAAAAAUGUUUGUUUCACACCAGUAUAAAACGUAUUUUCCUGAUGAAGUUAUAACCUGUUAAAGCUCCUAAAUUAAAAUUCCAUAAUGUUUUAUUCUAACUCUUAGAAAAACACGAUUUAAAGUGACUGUAAAUGGUAAAAAAAAGUUCCUGUAGUGGAUUUGUUAGAGACUCAGGUCAUCAAUAAAACCUGAUGGUCCUCUUUCUGCUAAUAAAUGUUAUUUGGUGCGUUUUCUGCUGUAAAGGGAGUGUUUUUGAUCAGAGAAGGAGGUAAAGGAGAGGAGGAGGAGGAGGAGGACUGUGCGGAGUUUCCUCCUCCCUCCAUCCUCUAGCAGUGAGGAGCGUUCAGAGCAGCUGUGUUAGUGAACGUUUGCCGACCGAUGCUCAUUAGGAGCUGGACUGAAGAGCUAACACCUGCCUCCUCCUCCUCCUCCUCCUGCUUUCCUCACUGCAGCUGCCUCUCCUCCUCCUCGUCCUCCUCCUCUUCUUCCUCAUCCUUCCCUCUAUUCCUCUUCUUUCUCUCCUCUUCCUCGUCCUCUGCCAUCUCUCUGAGGAGGUCUUCUCUCUCUUUCUGAAUCUCUUCCUGAUGCUAAAGAUGAGCAAUUAAUUCCUCAAAGACGAUUAGCAGCUGUUUGAGAGGACACACACACACACACACACACACACACACACACACACACACACACACACACACACACACACACACACACACACACACACACACUCAGAGGAGUAUGAUGAAUGAGUAAUGGAUGCUUUUUAUUAUCAUUACAAACAUCAGAAAAUGUAAUUAGCAUCUCAUUUAUCUCUUCUCACUCAGAUUGCAGCUCAGAAGAGAAACUUGAAGAACUACCACUACAUCCUGAAUAAUCUGGUGAGUCCGACUACUUCCUGAAAACGUGUGUGAUUACACUUUGUGAUUACACUUUGUUUUCCCCCGCAUUAACACAUUAAUACGUGUGUGUUUUUAAGGGCUUCAUGGACCUGAACAUGACAGAGUUUCAGAAACUGGGGCCCAAUGUGACGGGUUUCCAGCUAGUGAACCGGUCCAAUCCGGCCGUGGAGAAGAUCAACCAGGAGUGGCUGGACUUCGACAGCAAAGACCUCAAACUGGCCCGAAGAAGACUCCGGGUACGAACUAGGGCCCGACCCAUAUGGAUUUUUUGGGGCCGAUGCAGAUACCGAUUAUUACAGGGGAAAAAAUCUGAUUACCGAUUAAUUGUUUGAUUGUUUAAAUUAUGCCUGCUUCAGAUCCAUCACUCUGCUGUGCUGUGAGGUGGUUAUGAGGUUGCUGCGCCAUCUACAGGAUAAGUCGGGGGAUCUUUUCAAGUGAAACCGAAUCUUAUUCUCUGCAUUUUAUUUCUGGAAAUAUCUGUGAUAAUCGGCAAGUUUUGGCCGAUUACCGAUUAGUCUCAAUCAGGCUAAAAUUUGCCGAUUUAAUCUGCUCGCCGAUAAAUCGGUCGGGCCCGAGUACAAACAAGCUAAAUUCCAUAGACUGAAUAUAGAAUGGACGCCGUCUGCCUCCUCGCUGGGUGAAGCCACUCCGAGAACAGCACCCUCUGUUGACCGUCUGCAGUAUAGGUCAUAAAUCCCGCCUCCGCCAGCAAUCCCUAUGGAGCUGUGGACAAACUUUAGAAAUUAAUAACACAGAACAUAAAUGUUUCUCCCCCCUGGUUGUGAUGUUGACAUGUAGUUAUUGUCAGACUGGUUUGUGCCCAAGUCCUCUUUUUUCUGUACAGCUCCAUUAGGGGGCUCAUGAUUUCUAUGAUUGACACUUGAUACAGCCUAUGGGCGUUCAGGGAUUGUGUAGCUCAUCUGAGAGAUACACUGUUAGAGCCGAGCGUCAUCACAGCGACUCUCAGUGACUCUCCUGCGGAAUGCGUACCGUGCUACUGUGCAAUGCUGGUUUCAGAAAAUGAAGAAAAAUCACGGAAAUAGUAGGGGCUUUUUGGCUUCAAAUCCGUAUACAGGCGGUAGGCGGAACCAAGUUGUCCAUAGUAUAUACAGUCUAUGCUAAAUUCAUUUAAUCUCUUGCAACAAACCUUUAGUUUGGCGCCCCCUUAUGGACAGGAGGUCCCCUUAUCUCUUAAAUCGCUGAUUUUGUCCUUAAGAUUUGUCAGAAUUGAGUUUUUAAAACAAUUGUGAUGGUCGUCCCUGAACACCUUCAUCGAACACCAAGUUUAUGGUCAUGGAUUUACUUCUGCUGACCUCCUCUCUCGCUUUCAGUACACAGGUGCUCUGACCUACGAUGGCGUCACCGUCAUGGCGACAGCAUUCCAGAAUCUACGAAAGCAGCGGAUCGACAUCUCUCGCCGUGGAAACGCAGGGGAGUGUCUGGCCAACCCUCCGGCUCCCUGGGGUCAGGGCAUCGACAUACAGCGAGCCCUGCAGCAGGUGAGGAUACACUUAUAAAACAGCCUCCAUAUGAUGUUAAGAUUUGAGUGAAGCCAACUGCAGCAGAAGCUGUAACGGACUUCAUCGUGAAAAUCUGACCGUGUUAUUGCAGGUUCGUCUGGAGGGGCUGACGGGUUGGGUUCAGUUUGACGAGCGAGGCCAUCGGACCAACUACACCCUGAGUGUGAUGGAGCUGAGCCACACGGGGCCCAGAAAGGUGCUGCUGUUGGUCGUUUCGUUAGUUUAACUUUGACAGAAGUUUGGUUUGCAGAGUCACAGGAGUCCGCAGCGUUUCACCACAUCAGCUGGUUUCAGUAAUGAGCUCCUCUCCUGCGAUGAACGCCGCGAUAAUCAGUGAAAUCAGCUGCUGCAGCGCUUGUUUGGUUUAAAACCUGCAGACUCGCAGCUUUCUGAACAACUCCAUCGACAACAGAACAUCACACAAUGAGUUAUCCUGUAAUUAAAAACUUAAUUAUGUUUGCUUUGUAGUUUUCCCAGAUCAAACACAAUAAACUCGGAAGAGACUUUAAAGGCAGAAAUUUAGUUUGAGGACAUCUCUGUUGACCAGUGCAACCAGAGAGUCCUUUUUCGCUUUUCUUUUGGUGGGCGAAAGAUAAACAAUGAGUACGUUUAAACAGCUGUAUCCCCUCAGUUCUUGUUAUUUAUUCGCAGAGGGAAAUAAGAGAUAUGUGGCAACUCUGAGUCAAAACGCAACCUCAAUUUGUGAAUGACAGAUUAAAGCAAAAAAAACAAAAACUGCAGUACCUCAAAUUUCCACUUGAGACUGACCGCAAAAUCCAGGGAAUUCCACAAAUCCCCAUGUUUGAACAUAUAAAGAACAUAUAAAUGUGCUGUAUUUGGCUUAUCGCCCACCUCAGCUCCACUUCUUUGAAUUUAAGGUUAGCUUGAGCUGACAUUUCCAAUAGGGUGUACUAAAAUCUGAAAAAGGGGCGUCAACAUUUGGCAGGAAGGAACUUUCAGCAUCAAUACAGAGACUUGUAAUCAGUGAUUCUUUCGUCUUUGUUUUUGCUCUAAGUUAUCAACUUACAAUGGUGGAUAUUUGCUGCGUUCACAAGUGCUAUAACAGGAGAGCAUGUCAAGGGAAAGUUGUGGAAAAAAUACGUUUUUUUCUGCUUUCCAACAUGGACGAGAAAACGAUAAUGUGUAAUAAUUUGUUCAGGGGUGUGUGUGUAUGUGUGUAAUCACCUGCCAUUGUGUGAAUGAUGGUUUUGUUGUUGACACUGUGCAUCUGCAGUUUGUGUACCCACCCAGAUGUGAAAAAACGUGGGCCAAGAGAAACUUUUCAUUAUGGAAGGAAUUAAAUGUAUAAUAGCUUGUUCCUUCGAUGAGGUACUACAUCAAAUGCACUCGGUCAAGCGGUAGUAGCAUCUCGAAAUCAUCUUCUGACCAUACAGAGUGUUCACAUGGGUCGAGUCCAACAAUUUCCACAAUUUAGCUUCGGUAACGCCCUCUUUCUUCGUUGUUCAGCUAGUUCCUGUACGAUAUGUUGAGACCAAGUUUUGCUCUCUCCAUUCCGUUCUCCGUUACUGUGUAGUCAGCUUAUACAUAGUUGUUUUUAAAACCGAACGUCAUCCUAAUUCCAUUCAUUCCAAUGCUCGUAGUGUUGUUAUGUCUGUUAAAAUGGCCAUGCUAGCACGUCAUGCACCACGCCCCCUGCGCUGACGUCGGCGCUGCUACACUUUAUAUGGCCACUGCCAUCGAUAGGCUUCUGGACCCUCCAUAGAAACUUACAGACCCCCUGGAUGUUGAUGUAGUUGACUCAUACCUUAUAUGAAAGCAAUGCUCUGAUAUUUACAAGAUCCAAUAUCCACUUAUAUCUGUAGGUAAAGGAAUUUCUUGUUUUUCCAGGCAGAUUUUUCAGGGAAAUCAAUUGGCAACAUGAACCUUUAAUGGACAUCUUCAAAUACAGUGGAACAAACUUUUUUUUCAAUCAUUUUCAGGCCUUCAGGUAAAAAUGUUUCAAGGGUGACCACUUUUAUUUGAGCGUUUUAGCCCACAGACCAGAAAUGACACCUAGUCACUGACUCCUGCUGGUUUUUGUCUGUUUUUCAUCUUGAGGUUUUAUAGCAGUCAGAUGAAUUAAACAUCUUAAACUGUUGCUCAUGAUUGUUAGGACGCCCCAGGAGUCUUAGACAAGGCCAGAACUCCCUGAAAAUAAUGUGUCAAUAUUUUUGGUAUAAUGAAGGUUAAAUAAAAACAAACUAGUAAGUUUAUCAGAUCCAUGAGUCAAAAGAAAACGCAGAAAACUUGUUUGAACAAACUUGAAGAAAGCACAGACAGCAGACUUGUUGGUAAAACUUUGCCCUCUUGUGUUCAGAUCGGCUACUGGAACGAGAGGAGAGGCUAUGUGAACACGGCGGUCUACAAACCGGUGGUGGAGGAGUUCUACGGUCUUCAGAACAGAACCUAUGUCGUCACCACCAUCCUGGUCAGACCGUUAUCCGUCUGUCUUUCUAUCUUCAUGAUAAACUCGAGGAAAUGAUUGACAGCUCUGUCCUUUCCAUCCUGACAGUAAACACCAUCUGUGUGUGUUUGUGUGUGUGUGUGCAGGAGGCUCCCUACAUGAUGCUGAAGAAGAACCACGAGCAGCUUGUGGGGAACGACAGAUAUGAGGGUUACUGCGCCGAACUGGCCUCAGAGAUCGCCAAACACGUUGGCUUCUCGUACCGACUGGAGCUGGUGGGAGACGGGAAGUACGGCGCCAGAGACGCCGAGACGAAGAUGUGGAAUGGGAUGGUGGGAGAGCUGGUGUACGGGGUGGGUAACCAGGAGAUGGAGAUGAUCAGAAAAACACUGAAAACAUUAUUGAUUAUCGUUUGAGUUUUGCUGGCAGUUCCAUCUUGGGCAAAUGUAAAGUCGCAGUACCUUAGACUACCAAAAACCCGGACUUGAGCCCCAUUUGACCAUCUAAAAUCACUCCUGUACGUUGUCUCUCUGCAGAAAGCAGACGUGGCGGUCGCCCCGCUGACCAUCACUCUGGUUCGAGAGCAGGUCAUCGACUUCACCAAACCCUUCAUGUCUCUGGGAAUCUCCAUCAUGAUCAAGAAACCCACCAAGUCCAAACCGGGUGUCUUCUCCUUCCUCGACCCGCUCGCCUAUGAGAUCUGGAUGUGCAUCGUGUUCGCCUACAUCGGAGUUAGCGUCGUGCUCUUUCUAGUGGGUGUCUCCGUUUGUCAGUAUCUCGUAAUGCUGAAGGAAAUACCUGUUUUUAAUGUGCUCUUUGUGUCUCAGGUGAGUCGGUUCAGUCCGUAUGAAUGGAAAGGAGAGGAGUCUGAUGAUGAAGAUGAAACUCUGCCCUCAUCUUCCUCCCGGCGAGCUCUGCCUUCCUCAGAGCUGACUCACUCUCCAGGUACCCCGUCAUUACCUCUAACACCCAACGGUCCUUUGUCCUUUUUCAUGUAAACACAUGAGUUUUUUCCCCUUCUUUUAGGAUACCCUCAGGCUCAGACCCAGAACCAGAGCCAGAACCAAAACCAGAACCAGCAGAAAGAGAAGGAGACUCCAGAGUACACCAACGACUUUGGGAUUUUUAACUCUCUCUGGUUUUCACUCGGGGCCUUUAUGCAGCAGGGCUGUGACAUCUCUCCGAGGUAAGACACCUGCACAAACACCAACAUACCCGAGCGAUGAACAACGAGCUCCAGUACCAGAAUCAGAACAUUAAUAAAUCAACAUCAGUGUUUAAUGUUUUUCUUCUCCACUCAAAAGAAAGAAGUUUGACUUUUUUAACCCUGAAAACAUCCAUUUUAUUAAUGAGCUCCCUCCAAAAUUUAGGGGGAAAGACUUCACCUUCACACACACACACACACACACACACACACACACACACACACACACACACACACACACACACACACACACAGAAAACACAUUUCCUGAACAUGUACUCGGCAUGUAGGACACCUCAGUCCUUAGAAACAUGGAAAGUUCAUUCACAGACGGAGAAACAUUCAUACAUAAAUCCAUACAUAGCCUUACCACUAUAUACCUUUUGUAUAUACAGCCCUGAUUAAUGCUGACAUACCAUCACACACACUCUUUCACACACACACACACACACACACACACACACACACACACACACACACACACACGCAUGUUAACAUGAGACACGUAGGAUCCUGUGUGACGUGCUGCCGGGUUAGCUGUAUGUUACUGCUGUGUGAAGGCCUGAGGCUCUUUCUAUUCUGGAUCUGAAGACCUCUGUGUGUGUGUGUGUGCGUGCGUGCGUGUGUGCGCACUGGUAUUUUAUCUUAUCAGUGUAUAUUUGUGUUAAUAUAUGCAGGAGUGUGUGUCAGUAUGUGUGUACGUUUGUGGUUUUCUUCAUCACCUUAUUAAAGCAAUGUCCCAGUUAGAUGUUAGAUUCUGAAUGCAUUACACACAGUCUGCGGACACACAGGUGAUCAGCUGCUUUCCUUUUCAACUGUUAUAAUAUUGUAGAUGUAUUUGUAAUAGAUCAGAGGUACAUGAGUGUGUGAAGACGUCACUCUUUGGUUUUAAAUAGUUAUGUCCUCAAUAGAGAAAGCACAGACUCAGAACUGCAGGCUGGAAGCAACAUUAGAAUAACAGCUAGUGUUGAUUGCUUGACUAGAAUUGGUGUUUAAUUGCAUCAUAGCAUCGACUUUAUAUGUAACUCACUUCUUGAAAAUUCUUAUAUUGAAAUUUUUCCACGUGUUAAAAAUUGUAAAACAACCGAAACUUUUGACAAACUAAGUUGUCAGACUUUUUUAUUGCACACAGGAAAACAUGCGUAUCUAUGUACUCUGGUCAUACUCUCAGUCCCUGAGAGAGUGUGUUUCUAUGCAUCACACUGGGUCACCUUUACAUUGACUGGCUGUGCCUGAGGGACUGUACAGUAUCCCUAUGCAUGUGUGUGUGGAUGCAUUUGAUGCAGAUGUGAGGUAUAGAUGCUUGUUAGUGUUUUCUGCCUCCCAGGAGGCAGAGCAUCCCUGCUCCUCUCUCAGCCUCAGCCAUCAUACCUACUAUAUGAUAUAUAGAAUAACAGUAACACCUAUUACUGUCAUCGGAUCCGACAGCCUCACACACGUGCUGAAACCGAGCUUGUCUAGAGGCUGUACGGGAUGCUUGAUCGUGAGUACAGUGACACGGCUUAUAAUAAACAACUUCGUAUUGUUUACAUGGACACAUUGUUUCUCAAAUAACUGGAUAAAGUUGACGUAUUUCACCAAAUUUGUAACCCCCAAUUUUCACCGCAUCCGGAAUGACUCUGAUCCGGAAUUUUGCCGUCCGCCAAUUCCUACUGGAUCUGUUUGUGAGGCGAAUUUUGUGGCGGAUUACGGACAGCAGGAAUCGCGAGAACUCACAAGAACCCGCGGAUUCAUGUACAAUCCUGCGAUAACAAGUUGUCUUUAGCCACAUAGGCUAACCAUAUAAGCAGUAGAUUGUGUCCUUCCAGAGGAGGAAAUCUACUUCUAGACUUCUAGAAUCAGCAUCUCCUCAUCCAUGGUGUCAUCGGCAUGAAAUGACAUCUAAACCCUUUCACUUGUUCGUCUCCGCCCGUUUGCGUGGUGUGAAAUACAAUCCUCCUGAAACACGAAGUGUUUUAUUUUGAAAAGAAGCUGGAUGUUUUAUUUUGUGUCUGUGUCCGACUUCCUUUCCAGCACGGGUUAAUCUGUGCUGAAUUUAUCUGGUUUGUCCCGGCGAACUCUUGCGAUCAGCUGUGGAGUCCGGCGAUCCGCAGCGGAACAGAAAGAGGCCGGUGCUAAUUGACACAUUAACUUAAAUGGUUACGAAAAGCUACGAUCGGCGGAUAAAGCCUUUUUGUAGUCGUUCUGGAUGCAGUAGAAAUUGGGGGUGAGGCACUUUUCAAACAUGCAGCCAAAGUACUUCACAAAAAAAUAAAUGAAUAAAUAAAUUAAAAAAAGAUAAAAUACAGAAGAACAGCAACAGUGUGAUGUUGGAGUUGUAGAUCAGCUGUUUGCUGACUUGAGGAAUUAUUGACAUUGACUGUUGGGAAGAUAUUUGUCUCAUGAUGACUAAAACGUGACCGAAGCUCUUUGGCAUUUUGCAUUAGGCAUGAUAUAAACAUGCUAAGUGAGAAAACAUUGGUCUGAUUUGAGCAAUCUUUCUCAUUUAUUGCAAUAAUUUCACACUUUAGUAAUGCUUUUAUUGCAAAUGUGAAACUGUGAUUAAUGUUUAGCUGUGGAAGCACCUUUAAAUGAAGCUGAAAGUCAAAUUCAACUUCAGUGUAAACUUGUGUAUCAUCUGCAUAAAAGGAUAAACGAUAAAGCAUUUGCACAGAAAGUUUGAGUGAAAGCAUUUACAGAUAUUAUUUAGUACAAGGCCUGAUAUUGAGCGUAAGCGCCAGGAGGUUGCUAGUUAGAUUUUUUGGUCGUCAUUAUAAGAAUCUUGACCAUUGACUACUCUAGUGUCCGACAGAUCAGACUUUGUUCAUUUUUUUUGUCUCUAUCCUGGUUAAAAAACGUUUUUUAGACUUAAAGGUGAAGUUGAGUGUCACCUGCAUACUGAUGAUAUUUGGAGGAUCGUCUUUGCUGAUUUUUCAAUCUCCUUACUCAUUACAAGCUUAGCAGUUCUUAAAAGUCCCUCUGUGGGUCAGCUAUCGUUUAAAAAUUCCACAUUUUCUCUCCGUCAUCUUUUCAGGUCUCUCUCAGGUCGAAUCGUGGGAGGAGUUUGGUGGUUUUUCACCCUCAUCAUCAUCUCCUCCUAUACAGCCAAUCUGGCAGCCUUCCUCACGGUGGAGAGGAUGGUGUCCCCUAUCGAGAGUGCAGAAGACCUGGCCAAGCAGACGGAGAUCGCCUACGGUACCCUGGAUGGAGGCUCCACCAAAGAGUUCUUCAGGGUGAGGAUAGUUCACUAUUUUUUCUUGAGUAUAAUAAUGGUUUUCAUUUCUCCAUGUUUUAAUUUCCUUAACUGGUCACUUUGUAUAAAAUUAAGAGGUAAAAGGAUAAAGGUCAAAUCCAUUUACGUCAAAAAUGUUUAGCUCAGUAACAAGCUUUUGUCACUUUCACCAUUCCCUCCCAUCGUAGAGGUCAAAGAUAGCAGUUUUUGAGAAGAUGUGGUCCUACAUGCGGAGUGCAGACCCCUCUGUGUUCGUCAAGAACACAAACGAGGGCGUGAUUAGAGUCAGGAAGUCGAAGGGGAAGUACGCCUACCUGCUGGAGUCCAGCAUGAACGAGUACAUUGAGCAGAGGAAGCCCUGCGACACCAUGAAAGUGGGAGGAAACCUGGACUCUAAAGGUUACGGGGUGGCCACGCCCAAAGGAUCACCUCUCAGGUAGACUCUGAACACCUGAGCUGUCAGUGUGGGGUUAAUGUUGGUGUCCUGUUUGUCUGUUUCUGUGGGGGAUUAGACCAAUCAGGGACAAGCAUAUGAAAACCUAAUUAAGAUCAACAUUUAUUGAUUCCAACACAAAUUUUUCACACUGAGCUGUUUUAAGGCAACACUUUCCUUUAUGGAUUCUGUUUUCUAGACUUCAGAUCAAACAUCAAGUUUAAGUUCAGAGGUGUGGACUCGGGUCAGACUCCAGUCUUAGUUUUGAAGACUUUAUAUUUGACUUGACUAAAUUAUAAUAAUAGUUCAGGUCCAUUUUUACCAACUUUGAACAAGUUUUAAAAUACUUGACUUGGUCUGAUGACGUUUUGUUCAGUGUUUAUUUCAUGGUAGAUUUUUAGAUUAAAGCUUUUGGUUUGUGUCCGUUCUGGCGCCCCCUGUGGACAAAGCAGUCGUUGCUUAUUUUGUCCAUUACAUACUUAGUAGUGUAGUUUUACACAAAAUCUCAUCCUGCUGACUUUUGAUGGUCAUUUAUUUUAGCCGUUUGAUAUGAAAAACAGAGACGGCUGUUUCAGUUUCAAGCUGAAAAAACAUUGUGUUUGCUGGUAGUCUGUUGGCAUCUACAGUAGCACCAAUGCUUUUGACUUUCACCUUGACUGAGCCCCAUUUGUAAUUAUCUGAAGUAUUUAUUUGCAUUAUAUCUGAAUUUAAUUGGAACGAUACGAGCGAGCAGGAGCGUCUGUUUGUGGGCGGGGCUUGGAGGAGGAGCUGAGGGGAAAACUGGUUUGGAGGGGUAGAGUUUACAUUCAAGAUUUCUCCUAAAAACUGGAACUUCCUCAGAUCCUGACUACCCUACCUUUGAGUUGGCUUCGUUUAAGGAAAUUAAUUUAACUUUUGAUUGUUCUGAAACAGACUGAAAUGAACAGCUAAGUGUCUCUCUGAAGUACAAAAGCAAACAAGACUGUCAAAGACAAGACUGAUAGUUUUUAUAUUGUUAUUUCUGAUGCCUGUAAAUGCUGAGAGGGUGUAGGUUAUUUCCCAGCUAUACUUAAGUUCGGUAUUGACGUCGUGAAGGACUUUUGUUGAACUUUCAGGCUGACAAUAAGAUUCUGAGCUUCAGGUUUGUGACCCAGACUUUGACAAACUAUGACCUGGUCCAACCUCUGAGGAGUGUAGAGACAAAAAAACAAAUCCAGACACUUCCAUUAAACGCUAAUAUUCAAAGUGUCAGGGGGAGUUUCAUAUCUGUACACCGAGGUUUGAUUUUUAGAGCUGCUUAUCGUCUGUGUCUGUCUGUCUGUUUGUCUGUCUGUCCGACUGUAAAUGUCUUAAUCUGUCUCUGUCUGUCUUGUCUCUUUCUCUCUUUUGCCUUUUUUGCAUUUUUGUUUAUAUGUCUGUUUAUCUGUCUGUCUGUCUCAGUGUUUUCGUCUGUUCGCCUGUUUCUGGUCUGUCUGCCUGUUUAACUGUCUGUUGUUAUGUGAUCUGUUCUGUUAUGCCUGUUUGACUGCAAGAAUACUGACAGAGCUGCUAACAUCAACAUCUAUCUAUCUAUCUAUCUAUCUAUCUAUCUAUCUAUCUAUCUAUCUAUCUAUCUAUCUAUCUAUCUAUCUAUCUAUCUAUCUAUCUAUCUAUCUAUCUAUCUAUCUAUCUAUCUCUUGCUGUCAGGUUUAAGAUAUCUAACUCUCAAACUCUGCUGUUUCUUGUGGACUGCUGCUCAAACCAAAACUUUACACUCCGAACAAACAUUCAAAUUUACUCCAGCACUUUCCAAAAACCACGUAGCAUCAGGGACUACUUCUGUCCAGAGACUAAAGGUUCAGUAUUGGACUCUGCAGUAUUGACCGAUUGACAUGUAACAGCAGGUUUUAUGGUUCGAUUUGAUCUAAGAAGUCUGAAAAACCUGGUUCCCACUCACAUCCGUCACUCAAAACACCCCCUAAAGUCGGAAUUGUUCCAGUUGUACUCGGAAGUCGGGAUUUCCGAGCUCCGAGAUGGAAAUUCAUCUGGAACACCCCCCUGAAGUCGCAUUUCCAACUCGGAAAGUCGGACGAUCCUCGCCAACCCAUACUUGAUGACAACGCAGUGCAUCAACAGUAAAGAGUUACAGUGAAAGCUCUCUUAAUGUACUAUUCAUUAGCACUUCUGUUUUGUGUGUGUGAAAUUAAAUAAGUGGUAUAUGUUGUACUGCCCAACGUCUAACUGUGAACAUGGUGCUAUGGUUUUUGUAAGAGUAAAAUACUGUGUUAUGUGUUGUUUAAAACUGGUAUCGCUAAUAACAACUAACAACCACUGACAACGGCCAACGACAGUAGGCGUCCAUCUUGGUUUUCCGACUUGUUAACUGGAACGCUGUCAACUGGGGUGUAACGUCGUAUGUAGAUCUGUGCGUACACAUUGUUAUCCAUUCACUCAGAUUUGAACGUGACUGAUUUCCUGCUGGCGCUUGGGGGCGCCAUAUUUAUGUUUUAUGUAGCGGUCUAACUGUCUAUCCACAGCAGACAUAAGUUACCCACAAUGCACCACAUCCAGUUGGCUUAUAAUGAAGCCCACGCGAUGACUCAGACUGUUACAGAGCAUACUCGCGGUGUUCUGAAGGCGAGUGUCACACCUCCGCUCACAGAGGAGAGUAAAAUAUCUUUUCCCUAAUUCGAUGUCACCCAGAAUAACUUUAUUCUCCUCCUCUGGAAAGUUUCUCAGCCUCUUUUUCCCUGUGUUCGGCAGUCCAGUAGCAGAAUCACGUUGUCCAUUUACGAUUGAUUGGUAUUCAUGCCAACAAUGAAAUUGAGGUUUUCUGCUGAGUUCAUUAAUCAAUAGAGUAUGAUAGAUUUACACCGUGCUGAAGUGGUCACCUUCUUGAUGUAGGCACCAACGUAGCUGCAGUGGACAUUGUGAAAGAGACUCUAACUGGAGAAAAACAAUGAACAUCCAUAAUGGGAUAAAACGGAACAGCAGAGUUUGAGAGAUUUAUCUUUUACCUGCCUGCAGCUUUUAAGAGUCCUGUUUUUUUUUUCUUGUCUUUGCUUCAGACAUCAGUGAACAUUGUCCAUGUUUUUAUCAGAUGUUCUCUGAGGGAACAUCUUGUUCUCAUUAUUUCUGCUUCACAUCAGCAUUUUACAGCCAACCCAGAGUCAGAGGAAGAGAAAUUACUCCAAAGAUAAGAUUAGAGCAAGCUGAAGGUCAUUAUUUGUUUCUUUCUCUUUGGUUUGAAAUUCAGAGUUUGAUAAACUUUAACAAUGUUAAAAUCAAGAGUUGAAUAAUUCAGCUCCACAGUUCAUGAGUUUUACUUGACGGUGAAAGUUUCAGACCUUCAUUAUCUGCUGUUUUCUUUGUGCAUGUGCACAGAGUUGCAGAUACACAAAGAAGAAAGUCAUUCACCAUUACUGGAAAAGAACAGGACGGUUUCAGCUUUAGAUAUCAGUUGCCAAGCAACAAAGUUGUGUCAAUCCACUUAAGCAUACAGGAUAUUCAGUGAAACAAAGUGAGUAUAUAAGGGAGCAGACUUUGUGCUCUGGGUUGACUGACUCUCAGGUUAACCAAAUCACGUCAUGAAUGAAACUCCAGAUUUUCUUUCUUUCUUUCUUCUCCCAGUGUUGUUGUUGUUGUUGUUGCUGGAGAUGAAUGUGGUUCUGUUUGAAGUGAAUGAUUUCGAGAGUGUUGUUCUUAAGUGACAUUGUUGAAAUACAAGAUUAAUCUAAAAGUUUAAACUGUUAAAAAGUUUGAAGAUGUGUCUGCACCUCCUCUGCUUUUUAAAAGCAAAGCUGAGUGCUGACGUAUCACAGUGUUAUUUAGAGACAUGGGGUAAGUCUAGAAAAUCCAAAACUUACCCCCUAAGUCCUUCCCUAUCCCAUUUUAUUCACCAUAAUAUAAAAGAACCUGUCCUUAAAGGUUUUUGUAAAAACACUGUUACUCAGGAACAAAGACUCUUUUAGCUGUGCUGUCAUUUCAUUAACAAUUAAUCCACCAGGUCUGAUGAUUGGUCGGCCCAUUUUGUUGAUUCAUGUCUCUCAAAUCAACAACAUCCCUGCUCUCUUUUGUCAGUCUUUUAGCUUUAAUUUUUGUUGGUACAUAAAGAGGAGCAACAGGACACUUGUGGAUAUUUUUCUCUUUGUGUAAGCCGAUUGAAAAGUUGAUCACACUGAUCCUCCAUAAAACCUGAAUUUGUUUGAACAUUUGUCGUUAGAGUACACUCUGCAUUUGACUGUUGUUCCUGCUUUGUGUAUCAGAACAUAGAUGGAAAUCAGUGCAAGUGAGGGUUUGAUGUGUCGUAGUCAGUUGCUGCUUUUCAACCCGAACCAAACUAAAAUUUUGUUUCCCAUCGCUUAAGUCAACCAUCAGAAACUGACCUUUACAAACCGGGAAGCUGACCAUAAAUGAUCAUAAAUGUUCUUCCUUGAGUUGCGUCACCCUGCUGUAGUCCGUAAUGAAUUGGCCUGAGGUCUCGCUACAAACAAGCGGCUGCUGGAAGAGAGUAGGUGAGUUGUGUUUAGUCUCUUUGCUAAAGAAAUUAGUCAAAGUUAAAAAGAUGUUUGGUGGCUAGUGCUGUGGCUGUGACCCUAUAUGUACUGUUGAUGAAGUUAGGUGCUGUUCUGAGCAUUAUUUGUGGCUAUAGAGUGGCGUUUUGGUUGAGGUUUGUUUAUGGCUCCUUAGACCGCUGUCGAUUGCUAUCCUGCUGUCGUUCCUGAAGUUGGUAGAACUAGAGAAACAAGCGGUCGGCAACAUUCAUUUCUCUUGACCGUAAAUUAAUUUAACGUUGGAAUAUCCCUUUAAAGGGUCUACAGUACCAAAGGGCUGCAGUCUUUGACGCCCACAUGCAUCAUAGUACCGAUCCAAGAUUUCUGCAUCAGGUCACCCUUCACGGCCUCAUUGGUCCCACAGUUCUUUGCGUGCUACAUUACAAAAACAGACUUUUAAACUUUUAUUUAACACUGUCGAAAUAAAAAGGAUCCCCAUCUAGUCCUCCCCAGAUAUAUCAAAUACUUCCAAAUGUGACACCUACAAAUUUACACGAUGGGAAACACCAUUUCUGAAGGUCUGGGUUGAAGAGCAGUGAUCCCGCCCUAACCACACUAACAGUAAGAUGCCUGUCAUAAGCGUGUAGAGCUGUGACUGUCUCCACUACAGUGGUCUUUUACUCAUUAACACAUAGUGUCCUUUUUAUCCCUCAUUGCUAUCAUCCCCGUAGAAACCCUGUUAACUUGGCAGUAUUAAAACUGAACGAGCAGGGCCUGUUGGACAAAUUGAAAAACAGAUGGUGGUAUGACAAGGGAGAGUGCGGCAUCGGGGGAGGGGACUCCAAGGUCAGAUCACCGUAACCCCAACGGGUAACGACAGGCAAUGGUACAACGGGGUAACCGGCAACAACCCACAACUGUUCUGUCAAUUAAAACACUCCGGAUAGCAGUUGGAAAUAUACUGGAACCUUCUGUUUGGUUCCUUCAGAAGUCCUGAUAACACAUCUCUGUCUUUGAGAUAGAUUCCUGAUAUUUUUACCUCCAAAGAGCAGAUCCUACCAGAGAGUUUCUGAUCGAGGGGGGUAUUUUAGUAAAAAGUGAUUCAAUCAAUCAAUCUACCAAUCUAUCAAUCAAUCUAUACCGUACCAUUUUACCAGAACCCGUCGUCCAAUUUAAAAGAACGACAAGCGGCAGAGGCAACAAUGAAAUCAAAACCAAGUACGUCCUCUGGUUUAAUUGUUAAUAUCAUCGCUGGUUAGCUUUUACGUGUUCAAUAUCCAACAGACUUCAAUUGUCUUUAUUCUGGGACAGCUGGUGUGACACAGCAGUAACAAUCAUCGUUGAUGGUUUUUUAACGCACAUAUACCAAGCGAUAACAAGCCACCAUUACAGCAGUGGCUAAUUUCCUAUGCUAGGAAACUUUUUCAGGAACUUUACAGUAAUCAGCUUUCAACAUUUCACACAUUUUCUUCAAGAGGGAAUACAACUUUUUAAUUGAUCAUUUCAGGAUAUAGUUGAUUACUCUUGAUACUGCUCAGGUCAUGUGAUUCAGGUACUUUCAUCAAAAACUGCUCAAACAGUUUCUAAAAAGAUUGUUUUGUCUGAAUUCUGCCACAUUCAGUGUCAGGUCUGAAUAGUUUUCAUGCUCUUUGGAGAAGAUAGUGGGACACCAGCUCUGGGAAACAGAUGUUAUAAAGGUUCAUCAUGGAUACUGGGAUCUGGCACCACUACAGCUGAUUAAUAUACAGCUAAGCUAUCCACCCAUCCUCUCCUGCUUAUCCUAAGUUGGGUCACAGGGCAGAAGGCUAAGCAGAGAAGCCCAGACUCUCCUCUCCACGGCCACUUCGUCCAGAUCUUCCCGGGAACUCCUAGGUAUUCCCAGGCCAGCUGAGAGAUAUCAUGUCUCCAGUGUGUCUUGGGUCUUCCCUGUAGUCUCCUACAGGUGGAACAUACCCUGAACACCUCACCAGCGAGGCAUCCAUCCUGAUUAGAUGCCCAAGCCAUCUCAUCUGACUCCUCCCAACCUUUAGGAGUAGCGGCUCUACUUCGAACCCCUCCUGAUGACCCAGCUUCUCACCCUAUCUCUAAGGGAAACUCAUUUUUGCCGCUUAUACCUGCGAUCUUAUUCUUUUGGUCACGACCCAUAGCUCACUGCCGCCGAGGUAAAAGAAAAGCCAAGCUAACAGAGUUUAAACCCAAACUACCCAGUUAGCCCUCAGAAAAUACCCCCUCUGGUCAUUGUACAUCUAGUAGGUCAGCUCCUCCUGAAGUUAAGGAGGAAACACAGAUGAUAUAGUUUUGUGGUUUAUCGAACAGCCCUUGAGGAGUGUUUUCAGCCCUUGCCGGUUACCCAAAGUGAUAUAGUAAUACACAUCUCGCACGUAGGGAGUCAGAGUAAACCAAGCUAGAUGGAGUAUUAAAGCAUAUCACUUUGACUCUGACAUUUUCUGAGACUGUUUUUUUUUUUGUGUGAUGGUGCUCGUUUUCCGUUUGUUAAUGUUUCCUUUCUGUUGUUGUCGAGCUGUUCUCUGUAGCAUAUAAAAGCAUUUGUACUGCGGAUAUCAGCCUUGCUUAAAUCACUGCCGCUGCUGUUGCUGCUUCCCGUAGUGACUGCAGCCCCGCCGCUGUGCAGCUAAACAAUAACAUAAGAUAACAUGGAGGUUCAUAAUGUUAUUUAUGUUAUUUCCAACCCCCCUCCUUCUCCCUCCCUCCCUCCCAUGGUUCUUUGAAGAAUCCCAGUAAACCUAGCAGUACUGAAGCUCAAUGAACAAGCCGUCUUAGACAAGUUGAAAAACAAGUGGUGGUAUGACAAGGGGGAGUGUGGACACAAGGACUCCGGCAGAAAGGUCAGUUUCAGAGGUCGCUCGGCCUGGUCCUGAGGUCGUGUGUUGGUUCACCCCUGCCCACUUUUCCCAUGCACAACACCGAACACCAGACUUGAGCAGGUACACUCUGAAAAGAAAAAGGGUUUUUUUUUUUUCUAAGACACAGAUUGUUUUGUUGAGCUUCAUGAAAUAGGGACUUUUUUCUUCUUCAAUCAAGUUUUUUUUUUAAUCUUUCUGGUUGAAUAGUUACCUCCAUGUAACUAUUGACUUUGUUUUUUUUAGCAUUGGCAACUGUGUCGGCAUCCAAUGCAACACUUUUGACCGUUACAGAUUAGACCUUCGUAACGCCAAAUAUCUGCAAUGUAAAAAAAAAGUUAUCAAAUGCAUCCUUCUGGUUCUUCAAAGCAAAAACCAGUUUUUACCAGCAGGUACUGAACCGUAAGUGGUACCAUGACAGACUGGAUGAUUGACAUCAGUUUAGUUUAUAUAUCUGUUCAAAUAAAAAGUUACAGUCGACAGUCUUAGCUAUCAGAAUAUGUAUGCCUAAAAGUAUAAACAGUUAUUCGACAAUAAAGAUGAUCCAGACAUUCCUGCAACCAGCAGAGCAUCUUCUUACCGUCUGCAGUAUCGCAGUGUUCGGGCACUGUUGCAUGGGUUCUUGCGUGGAUUAAGGAAGUAUGACUGGCAAUUUCCACCGCAUCCUGAACAGCUACAAAAAGGCCGUAUCCGCUGAUCGUAGCUGAUCGUAACCGUUAAAGUUAAUGUGUCAAUUUCCACCGGCUUCUUCCCAUUCCGCUGUGGAUCGCUGGACUUCGCAGUCGAUCGCAAGAGUUCUAUUUUUUCCAGACGCCAGACCAUUAACAGAGCCUCCUUCCUUCCUCCUUGCAGGGUUUAGGUCCUUAAGUUUGGCAUCUAAGUUUUAAGAAAUUGGGAAUUAAGAUGUUUGCCUUGGACGUCCAAGUUUGAGGUUUUUUUUUCAUGUUUGAUUUUUUAUUUUGGAAAGUGGUAAGAUAAAUAAUUAAGUUGUUAUAUUUGCCAGAAAGAUCAAUCUCCAAAAAACUGGAAACAAAAACCAACAAAAAGGCAAAAUGUUUAGAUUUGAAACCCAGAUGAUGACUAAAAGUUUGACUCCAGGCCCUGCUGGUGAAAAAGGACUUGCCUUUGUGAUAACGAAAAUUUUGUUUUGUGGAGAAACUUUUUGUUUUUGGAGUGUAACGCUGCAGCUCAGCUGACCGUUCUGAAGAGCUGAAGGAAACGGGAAUCAAACGUGAACAUGUUUAAGUUCCUCUGCUGGCAUGAAAAAAUCUCAUUACUCCAAUUUGUUCUAAAUGAAGACACUAUCCAUGAUUGCAUCAUACAUUUCCUGAAGUUUAAAUCCCAUAAAACUUCUUCCAACCUCUACAUGAAGUAGAUGAUUUUAUGCAAAUUGAUGAGAAAAUGAGUCGGGCUUUAGCCGAUUGCGACAAAGCUGACUUUUUGGAGAUAAGGGGUUUUCAUGUCUCCAGAUCAGAAGAUUUCUUCAGAGGCUUUUCUCUGCUCAGCUUCCUUCAGUUCUCCAGAAUAUUCUGUGGUCAGCACAGUUAACUAGAAGCAGCCGCAGACAGACGGACGGACAGACAGACAGAAAAAAGGACUGAAAAAUUUGACUUUUUACAUCAAUUUAACCACAAACCCUGACUGCCUUUAGGUGCUACAUUCACAUGGAUAUUUUUAGAUUCUUCUGCUGGUUGAACAGUCAGAGGAAGUUUGAAAAGAUGAGUUUUAGCAGAACUUUUGCUUCUCAAUAGUGAGGGAACCUUUCUACACUAACAUACAAAAUACAGCUCUGAAGAGAAGCUGCACACUGAAGCCAGAUUUUAUUUCCUUGCAUCUUAGAUGUAAAAAGUCAGAUCUUCAGACUCUAAAUAUACUUUCCUGUCUGUCUCUUCUGUCGUCCUCUCUCUCUGCUGAUGGCUGCAAACCAGCUCUGAAAGACAGCGAGGCCACUGACCACAGCUUUACCAUCCCUCCUCUCCCUCCACUCACUCACACACUCACACAUGGACACACAACACUGAUGUUUUCGUCUCCAAUCUGUCAUGUACCUCCUGUUUCCUCUGAACUCGGCGCCACAGACCGUGACUAACAAAUGGGAAGAAAUGUUCAUCAGUCUGGUCAGUGUGGCAGCGAGGUGAAAAGACUUAAAGUCAGACUGAAAUAGCAGAAAAAUGAGGAACAUUUGGGCGAUUGAGAGGACUUCAUAAACACAUAACAGGCAGAAGUGAUCAAUCAUCCCCUCUACUGGUUCAUGUGUUAACUGGUGAUCUUUAUCCAGCAGUUACUGUGUUUACCUAACAGUAUUAUCAGCUGUUUCAUCCACAAGAUUUGCUGCACAGCAAACAACAUAUUCGGGCGAUUUAUCAGCUCAAAUCAUAAAUCUCUAGUGGAUAAAUGUAAACAAAGUGCUUCCUCAAUGCUUUUUUGUAAUAAAAUGUAAACAAAGCACACUCAUGUUUUCUUGUUUUUGUCGCUAAAUUGUUACAAAAAGUACCUACUUGGUUUUUCUUAGUAUAUAAAAUAAAAACAAAAUGCAAUUUUUGUGGAUAAUUAUAAACAAAGUGCCUUCUGGUCGUCCCUAAGCUGGUGGAAUGUAGACAAAUAACAACCUUAUGUUACAGUAGAUGAUAAAUAAUCAAAGUGCACUUUGUUUAUUUUUUUGGCUUAUUAAAGUAAACAAAGUGCAAUUUUAGUGGAUGAUUGUAAACAAAGUGUCUUCUGGUUGUCCUUAAGUGGAUCAAAUGUAAACAGAGUGUGUAAUCUUUUUUUAUUUUUUUAGUAGAUAAAAAGUAGACAAAUUUUAAUCACAGCAAUUCUUGUGCAAGUAACCGGGACAUCACAGUCAUCCAUCAAAAAUGUUUUUCAUUGCAGUGAAAGAAAAACAACUUUUAACUGGACAAAUUUUUUAGAUAGUUUUACAAUACGUUUAUAAACUUUAACAUUUUUAAUGUAACAUAUUCGCGUAAACGUUGGAGAUUAAUUCAAUCUGACUCUAUGGUUAAUUACGGUCCAGUUUUAAUGGAUAUAAUUGGCCGAGGUGACCAUGACAGUUUGGAGAGGAAAACCCUCUAAUAGGCUCUCCCUGACUUCACUAAACUUUAGCUUGAAGAGAGGCCCCGCCCACUCUGAGUGCUGUUUCCUGCUGUGGGUGUUUUUAAGUAAGCUGCAUGCGAUUGGAUGAAAAAGCUAAGCCACACCCACCAAAAACAGAGUGAUGCAUGUGAGAGAAACACAUGUGGCCUCCACCUCCACAAAGAAACAAAUUUCUUUCUGAAGAAGAAUCAUAUCAAAGGAUGUACUAAAAGACUUUUCUUCCUUUGAGCUUAAAAAAAUGAUAUUUUACUGUGAAGAACAGCACAAAUAUCACUUUUUAUUUCUGAGAAUAAGAUGAAUGAAAUGUGACAGGUUAUUUAUUUUAUUGUAUUGUCAAUUUCUACAGAGACAGACUUUUCAUGCAGAGUUUCUUUACACUGUUGUCUUUCAUUGUGCAUGAAGCUGCAUGAGACGGAUAUUUCAAGAUUAAUUUUCAAAGAUUGUGAUGAGAGGAGACGUUAUAUUGAUUUAGUAUUUAAUGACCAUUUAAACAUAAUAGUCAGAGGAAAAGGUGUAAACAAAGAGCUUAUGAUUGUAAAUUUAGUGAAUGUAAUGUAAACAAAGUGCCCCUUUUCACCUUUAAGUGAUAAAAAUGUAACCAGAGUCACUUCUGGUAACUUUUGUAGUGAGUAAAAUAAACAAACACAUCUCCAGUUGGUUUUUUAGUGAUCAAAAUGUAAGCAAAAGGCCCUCUAGUUGCUCUUUUAGUGGAUCAUUGUAAACAAUAUGGUGCCUAGAUACGCUUUCAAUGUCUAAGUUGUAAACAAAGUGCCCUCAGGUUGCUCUUCUAUGAGAUACAGUGUAAAUAAAGUGAUGCCCUUUUAGUGUAUUCUCUGUAAUGAAAGGGCAUAGGGUUGUGUUUUAGUGGAUAAAUGUCGAGGAAACGCCCUCUUGUUGCUUUUUUUAGUAAAUUAAAUGUAAACAAAGUGCCCUCUAGCUAUCCUUUCAGUGUAUAAAAUGUAAACAAAGUGCAUGGAGUUGCCUACUUAGUGAAUUAAAUGUAAUUAAGAACCAUUUGGUUGCUUUUUUAAGUACAUACAUGUAAAAUAAGUGCCUUCCGAAUGUGAAAAUGUAAACGAAGUCAUGUCCAGUUGCUUGAUUAGUGAAUAAAAGAUAGAGAGUGCCCCCCCUUGAUGCCUUUUUAAUGUAUCAAUUGUAAACAAAGAGCCCUCUGUUUUUUUUUUUUAGUGGAUAAAUGAAAACCAGUGUUCCCGUAGGUGUCCUUUAAGUGUAAACAAUGUAAACAAAGUGCAACCGGUAGCUCACUGAGUAAAUAUAAUAUCAGUGAAGCUUUGCAGAUGCCAAAUCAGUGGAAUGAAUAGAAACAAUAACAACAAAAAAAUGGCUAGGAUUAUAACCAAUGACAUUUGUUUUUAUUUUUUUUUAUCUUGGUCAAACUUUAUUUGAACGUCAUAUUUUCUUCUUCAUCACAGUCUUUGAAAAUGGACCUAAAAGUGUCUGUUUAGUCAGAAAGAUAAGAUCUAUUUUAACUGAAUUUCAGUUCAUAAGGAAUAUCUUUUUUACUGUAGUGAUGUCAUAACCUUGUGCACCCUGAUUGGUUGUCUCUGACCCCGCCUCUCUGCGCUGACAGGACAAAACUAGCGCGCUCAGUCUGAGCAAUGUUGCAGGAGUGUUUUACAUCCUGAUUGGAGGUCUGGGGCUGGCCAUGCUCGUGGCUCUGGUCGAGUUCUGCUACAAGUCCCGGAUCGAGUCGAGACGGAUGAAGGUGAGUCCAGUUGGAUCUGAGUCACGUGUUGAAUAAGCUAAUUUAUUCAUUCAUUUAUUACAUUUAAUUAGCAAUAUUCUAAUCGAAUUCUGUGCCGUCCAUUAUUUGCAUUAUUGCUAACUUAACUUCUUUAACGCUUCUGUGUACUUUACUGCCACCUACUGUCAAUUACAACUAAAACUUCAAACCAACAGCAGAAUGUGAAUAUUGCACGCACAUCAAACCGCCUGUUAAUUAUUGACACAAAAAUGAAUUUUUUGACUCAAAUAUCCACGUUAAAAGUUAAUUUGUGAAGCAUUAUUGCAAGAAUAAUGCGUAAUAAACAACUAUAAGAGCUCUGAAUCUCUUUACAUGUGUUAUGACUUUUAUGUACCAGAAGAAACCUCUGAUAAUAUGAUCAUUCACCUCUUUACUUUAAACCUCUUUAACUUCUUUUACUCUUCAUUCCUCUUCUGCCAGUACAAGAGUCACCUUUUCACCAUCUUCUCAGACAGAAGUUAAAGUCCGGCUAAGUUUCAGAGACUUGUUUGCCUUCACUAUUUGCUUUGACAACUACCAGAAAAGUGUGUCAAACAGAUAUUUCAUUAGAAAAUUUACUUUUUCAUUACUUGAUUAAUCGAUAGAAUACUCGAGGCAGAGUUUUGAUCUAUAUUCAAAUUCAACUUUAUUUUUAUGGCACUUUUCAUACAAAAAAUGCAGUCCAAAUGCCUCACAGAGGCUAAAAACAACAAUUAACGACAAUAAAACCACACAAAGACACACACUCACCCGCAGUCACUCACUCACCCACACAUACACACACACAAGCGCACACAGAGUGAUAAUUUAAGAUAUAUUGUUAAAGAGACAUGGCCUGACACUGAGACAUUACGUGAGGAAAGAGCUACCUUUAGUAAACACUGGAGAUAAAAGAUUAAAAAUGGUAAAAAGAAAGAGUAAAACCUGAUGGACUAAAACAACAAAAUAAUAUUAAAUGAACAGAUAAGUAAGAGCUCUUUACCAUGUAAAAAGGGGUAAAAGAAGUAUAAACCUCUAUGACGGGAAUUAAGAAAAAGACUAAGAACAGAGAUAAUUAAUAAAAUGACAUCAAAUAAACAAUAAGAACUUUGAUUAAAAUGAACAUUUCCAAUAAGAGAAAUAUAAAAAGGCAAUUAUUGAAAAUCCUGGUUAAAAAGGUGAGUCUUGAGCCUCUCCUUAAGAACAUCUAUACUGCCGUUGGUCAGCAGGGGGAGCUCUAAAUGUUUUGGCUUUACUUGACUUACUGUAUUUGAUCUCUCUAUCAACAUAAACCAAACAGACAUCUGACUGAAAUAUUGGAGGUCCAUCAGAUAACUUCAAACAUCAUCAGCGUUGUUCAUGAGCACAGUUUGAUUUCUUGGAGAUCAGGUCUUUUGUCUGCAGUUUGAUAAUAACCAUCUGCAGCUCAGUGGUUUAGCAGCCACGGGGCAGGAGCAGCUUCAGUGCCGUUUAAAAGAGCUUCAAGUGAACUCUGCUUAUCUGACUCUGCUCUCCAGCCCCUCUUUAUCAUCUGCGUCUGAGUGUGAUGAAACCGCAGCCGGCUCAUUACAGAUUGCGGCAGUUUACACCCAGACUUUGAUGGUCUCCUCAGAAGGAACAAACAAGUCAUUAGGGUCAUUUUCUCCUCAGCCGAGCGUUGGCUCUCUCUCUCUCUCCCUCUCUCUCUCUCUGCUGGACUUUUGUUAUUCUCCUCACACGAGCGUCUGAGCGCGGAGUCUUAAAGCGCUCGCUGAAGGCGGUACUGACACAACAUGUGAGGAGGGUUUCAUCAGUCGGAGCAGAUGGAGGAGCAGAGCGGGGUUACACUGUGGUUACCUGCUGCAGAGGAGCAUGAGCUCACUCACAGGAGAGCUGCAGCACGCUCAUGGGAAUAUUCGUCAAUAUAGGUUUAUACCAUGAUAGCCUCCACUCUGAUUCAUUAAUUAACUCUGAUAUACUUACUGGAGGAUGUUCUCUCACAGCAGACGUCACUCUCUACUCCACUGCUACAGCCCUCCUCUGAUGUCUGACACCCCAACCCUCUGUCACUUCAUUACUGUUUGACGACUGAAGUCCUGGUUGACUGAGCCGUUGAGGUAGAUUUGAAAAAAAGUGUCAAAUACAAACCUCUCCCCUCUGUGCUCCAUGAUAACUCCCCCCGAACCUGUAUCACCCUCCCCACGACAUACCCCCUCUGGCAGAGCAAGAAGUCGGCCGGCAGAAGAUCCUAUGCUAGCUUCAAAUAGGAUUCACCAUGUUGGAUUGUUAGUGACUAGCGGCAGUCAACGCCAGCUCUGCUAGCGAGCGCCGUCUGCAGCUGCCUGGACAGCUACCAUGUUGACAUUGCAGCGACUAGUAAGAGUUAUUUAUGUAACAUGUGCCAAGGAUGACCCGAUGUUUAUUCAAGGUUAGAUUCCUCGCUUGGUCACAUUUCCUCUUUGACUCCGCCCUUUCUUCUGUCGGCUUGCGUUCCAUCACAGCUCCUGUAGCUAAGCUGCUACGCUACUAUUAGUCACUCAGAGCUCCGAUGAGGGCCGAGAGAGUGGGAGGGAACAAAUCGCAACUACGGGAGAGGGGUGUGUCAAAUACAGCGAGGUGACUGGAUGGAGAGGCGGAGCAGGGGAUUGACCAAUAGGAGCUGUUCGGGACAGAUGGCUCCCGUUGGUCAGUGUUUCUGCAGCCCUGCACCUGUUAGGGUGAACAGAUUUUUUCCGUUCUUUUUUCUCCUCACUUUGUGGAGAUCGCACUAAAGGACCAUGAUCGCCAUAGAAACGAGGUUCAUAAUAAUUACCAAUCUCUCCAAUCGUCAACCAUGCCUUUAAACCAUCCUAACAUAAGCAAGUAGCCAAUGGCAUGCCGCCACGUAUGCACGCGCCAGUAGAGGCUCAUGGCGUACAUUGGUAGCUGGUGUGUUGCUGGUUUGUUGCUGCUUGUCUGGGCGCUUUUAUAUCAGGUUUUGAAAUUUUCCAGCUGUUUCUCUGUAAAAGUUCUCAGACCGUGAAAUGGUUGAGCAGCAUCACUACGUCCUUUCGCUGAUAGAAUCUGUAAAUGAACUUCCAAUGAUGCCUCUGGCGAAUACUUGUCUCAGGAGAGGUGGUGUGGAAGAUUCUGGCACAACUUCACCGAUCUUCAAGGUGCAUGGAGAAGAAGAAAGGUCUAGAAAGGUCAACCCCCCAGCAUUUAUUCAUAGACCGAUGCAUUCCUGCUUGUUGGCUUCAUCGGGGUCAUUAUGUGAGGAAUGACAUUUAAAUAGAGUUAGAUUCAAUAGAGGUGAAAUGCAAGGACAUAUGUGUUAGCCAAUGGAGCUACUUCCGAGUAUGAUAGAUAUAUAGUCAUCUGAACUACAUCACCUGUAGGAAGUUUAAGAUGCUUAAAAACACUUGAAAUAGAAACUGUCAAAUGAGCAACUUUGUCCAGUGGUAAAAAAAAACAAAAACAAACAAACAAAAAAAACUAAAUUUAACAAUGGUAUUUAAAAAAUAAAGGAUACAGUAUAAGUAUUUAAUCAUAUCUAUUUAAUUUGUUGUGAAUUUCAUCACAGACCUUCUCUGUGCAGUUUGCUCCUUCUUUUAAUUGACUGUGACUGAGAUUAGCGAUAACUGUUAGCAUCUCCGUGUUCAGAGCUGUGCUGUGCACUCUAAUCCUGACUGCGCAAAAUUCAACCCAUUAUAGUACAUGAUGAGCUGGAAAGAGACAAAGCCUUUUACCAUUUUUAAAAUUUGGAUUUCAUCCUUCAAACAUGAAUGAAUUUCUGGGUUUGUGACGGAGAUUUGAAUGGAGGCGUUAGCGACUGCUCGAGUAAAUACUUAAGAGAAAAUUGCUAUUGCAUUAAUUUGCUAAUAUAACAGCAAACACUCACCUAGUACCUACCUUUAAUCCAAGCCGGCUACAUUUAAAGGAACAGUACCAGAGGAAAAACAAAAGAGCUGACCUAUAUUUGAAGAUUUACCAUACAUGCAUGCAAAUAUUAAAUCUGGUCAAAGUAAGAUAAUUUAUCUCCAUUUCAAUCUCUGAAUCUUAAUCUUUACAAGGCUUUUGUGUUGUUAGAUCUUCAGGGUAUCCUAAUUAACACAGAACAAUGACAGCGUUGCGUCAUGGGAGUGUUUUUAGGUGCGACAGGCUGUUUUGGGGAAUAGAAAAAAAAAGGUUUGCAUUUCCAUAAAGCUCAUCUGCUUUGUAUUUUAUUCUGUGGAGUGAUAAAUUUUAAAUUUAGGUUGGUCGGUGUUUCAACAGGUGGCUUUUCCGCCUCCAGGCUGCAACACUUAGAGACAUUGUGCGGAGACAGAUGCUGCUCUGUUGUGUUUUGACAGCACAUGCAGACUUACGACAAUAAAAGCCGCCAUUAAAGAGAGAGACGUGGGCGGGAGACAAAGACAGAGUGAGGCCUCCAGUUCCUCCCAGUGUUGACAGUGUUCACAGGCUGACUGAUGUGGAUUAUAAACUGUUAACUCUGAGCCGAGGAGGUGAAGGCAGGAGGGAUGGAAGUGUUUGACUCUGCUGCUGAAACGUGGGCGAGCUGGCUGGCUCCGAGGUGUAGUGAGUGUUCGAGAUGCUCCAGUAAAUGAAUAAACCUGGGAUUUAUUUGUACCAAUCUGCUAGACGACUCCUGACGGCAGGCGGAGAAAAGUGAGGGAGUGUGGGCGCCUCGGAGGCCUGAUACAGGAUAUUAACUCUGGAUCCACAUCAUUAGUUUCACCGAGGAGACAGAGAGAGAAAGAGAGAGAGAGGGAGGGAGCUUUACUGUGCUUCAACUUUUACUGUUAUCACCGUCUGUGCUGUCUGCACACACACACCAAAAUAAAAGCCUUCUUUCCACACAGCUUCAAUGAGCCUAAUUACCCACAUGUUGUUUUUGGGGAUAGAGGCAAGUGCAUGCAGGUGGCCCUCAAAAACAGCAGGUUAGUUAUGCUGGUUUAGGUGCUCAUUUGCAGGUGUGAUAUUAAUGGAAAACAUGAAAACGAAACACCGGCUCUGAGGCUAAAACAUCUCUGGAGAAGAGUGUAUUUAUUCUGACUUCCACUCUUGUUUUUAUAUAGCAGUAAUUCUCACAUUAUGAAUAAACAGGCUUUUAUUUUGAAGUACAAGCUACUUCAGAGCGACAUGAAAACAGCUGAAUGACAGAACAGCACACACACCUGAUGAGGUACAGGUUGUUUAACCCUAGAACACUAAAUAAGAUGUCAAAGGAAAUGCUGAAGCUACCCAAAGAACCAUGAUACUCAGACAAACGCAACAUCAUGAAAAUCACGUAAACAUGUUUGGUCGGGUGAAAAUCACCCGGGGAUGGUGUUCUUGGGUUAAGGAUGAUCAAAAAAUCUUGAAAAGUCUAGAUUUAUGAAAGCGCAGGAUCAUCUCUCAGAGGGCUGCUGCUAGCGGCUGCUUCUUUCAUCUCUCCUCUGUUUCAUGCUGCCGACCACUGUGCUGCAGGUUUUAUCGGACAGUAGGGAUGCAACAGUUCAUCAAGCCUGGUUCAACACAGUUUACAGUUUUUGGUCUCAGUUGUUUGCUUCAUGGUCCGGGUUUGAAUUGAGACCAACUUUGCUGUUUGAGUGAACAGCAGCAGUCUUGUUGCACACCUUCAGACCCGUCCUCCAUUUCCAACGAUGACUUUAAUAAAGAUUUCACUUUGGAGAGGAGCUAAAUCCCCAGGUGUGUUUGUUGUGUGUAACAGAUUUGUGAUUAUGAAGCUCUGUCAAUCUUCCUUCUUUGAGGAUUAAACUGGAAGUCAAUCAAGCUCGAUUUGGACUGAAAACGACGAUAACGAUGUGAGACUGGUCGACACGGAGAGUGAAGCUAAAUACAAAGUGAAGGAAGAUGAGAGGAUUAUUUCUGACAGUGAAAGUGUGAACAGAUACUCCAACUAAAUUAAGAUUAAAAACAGGCUUUAAUUAGGCUUUUAUUUUGACAGGUUCUUCCUGUAACUCUAAGGAGCUUAACAGACUUCUUUUGUGAAAUCUCCUCACAACACGUCAACAAAAGAGUUCUCCUUCUCUUUGCCUUACAGGAGCUCAUCGAUGCCGCCAUAGCGAGCGGGGGAACGGGAGGGGGCGUGGCCAUGGGAGGUUUUGCAGGAGGCGGAGUUGGAGGAGGAGCUUCGGGACUCUCGGGGGAGAAUGGCAGAGUGGUGGCGCAUGACUUCCCCAAAGCAGGAGCUCAAGGUUUACCGUGCAUGAGCAAAACCAGCGGCCUGGGACUAUCCUCCACGGGCAUGUGAUCCAAAUCGAGGCCCCUGAUUGGACGGAGCGCUCUGCUCUGUUUGCCUGAAAGGAGGAGAUUUAAAAAGAUGCAGAAACUCUAAUGAACAGAGGGCACCUGAACACAACAUUAGAGUCGACCGGCUCCUGCAGGACGAGAAACUGGGCUGACUGAACUUUCAAAAACUCAAAAUCUACUUUUUCUACGAGCGAUGUCUUAAAUCAAACUCCUCCUCUUCGGCGCCAACAGAGCCAGGAGGGAUUUUUUCAGAACUUCUUGAUUAUUGCGCCCACUUUCCUCCUUCUCCUCUGCUCCUCUUCCUCAAGUUCAGCAGAAACACCGAAAGCUUCAUCACCUUCACGCUUUGAUAUCAAAGAGGGCUGAAAAAAAGUCACGGUUCGAGCAUGCGGACAUUUAAAUCUUUUUAAACACAAAGCAACCUUCAUUAAACAGACCCAACAGUUUCCACUUUCUUUAUUUUUGUUUUCUUUUUAAGAAAGAUGUUCGCUAAAUAUCUAAAGACUCUCAGAGGUCCAAACAACCGGACCCAAACUGAAACCAACCCGUAGAAAAACCUCUUAAUCAGACUCGAAGACUGAGUUCGUAGACCUUUUAAGAUCGACAUAACCAUCUAACACCUGCAGCAGCAUGAAGAACUAUUAUUUAACAAGCAACCAAAUAUCAAACAUGUCUUCUGUCUGGAAAACGCGUAUAUAUCUAUACUCAUAGAGACAAAUUAGCCGAUAGGUUACGAUUAGUAGUUCAUAGAAAUAUCUGACGGUUUGUUUUCCCUCCUGUACCGACGAUAAAUCUCUCUGAACUUGACGAUUGUUUGCGAUGUGAACAAAAUGAGGCGUUAAAUCACCUCCGCCCGCAUUGACCUUUCCCUGACGAAUCAAAUCUGAGAUUACUGAACGGACAGGCUUGUUUCUUACAUAACUUGAUCUGACCAACCUUUAAAGAACUAAAGCCUCCGAACACACCAAGCUAAUCUGUAAAGUCUUGGCAAGCAAAUCAGGAUAGAUUAGUUUGGCGUAAAUAAAGAUUGAAAACAGAAACAUCAUAUUUAGUGGUGAGGGAACAAAACUCAGCAUAAUCUAAAGCAACUGAUUUCUUUCUAGAUGUUAAAGCAUUAAAAAAAAAAAAGCUAAAAUGUGUGCUCAUUUUAAAUUGACGCCAGUUGUGAUCCUGUUUUGUUUUAGGCCAGUUUACAAACUUUUUGGGAGGACAUGUUGGCAUAAAACAUAAAAUGAGCAUUCCCUAUUUUUUUCUUUUGCAACAUUUGAGAUGUUGUCUUUCACACUUCAACUUAGACGACAGGUUUGGUAAAUGUUUUUUUUUUUCUCUCUCUUUUUAUUCUUUGUUCUUGAGCUGGAAACAUAAACUCAGCUGGACUCUCAUUUAUCAGAAAUAUUAGUGAUACCAUUCUUCAGAUUUUUGGCCGUAUCAAAUUAAGGUCUCCUUCUACGCAGACGAUGCACUAGUAUUUUCUUAUUGAUGCAAAAACAUGUGUUUCCCUGAUGCUGUAUCUCUUUGUAUCCUGACUUGGCUUUUAUUUGAAUAUUAGCAGGAUCCCAUUGACUUGCAUGGUGACAAUGUGCAGCCACCCUGAACUACAAUAUGGCGGAAAUCUCAUCUUAAUUUGCAGCGUUGGGCACUUGCUUAGACGCGAAUGACGUAAAUAAUUUGUGCAAAUUUAAAGAGUAAAUGCAAAAUAUUCAGGUAUUCAAAUAUCUUUAAAUUAAGUGAGCAAACAUUCGUAUCUAUUAAGACGUGAAGGCAACAUUACUCUUUCUUUUCCGCUGCAGAAUCUGGUCUUUUUCACUCGUAUUGAUACUGUGGAUAUGGUCAAUUACUGAUCACCUUGAUCAGGGUGACCAUACGUCCUCUUUUACCCGGACAUGUCCUCUUUUUGGGGGCUGUCUGGCCUUGUCCAGGGGAGUUUGUAAAAUCCUUCAAAUGUCCAAGGUUUUGUAUGGAAGUUUUGAGUUUGUGUCGUUCGGACUUAUUGAGUUAGAAGCACCUAAAAAAUACCCGACCCGACCCAAAAACCCUCAAAAUUUACUAUGCGAAGCUCUGCGACUCCAUCCCAUGUAGUAGUGUCCUCUUUUUGGGGAUUCAGAAUACGGUUGCUCCACGUUGAUAUAAAGGUAAACAUUGUUUAUAUAUGUUCCCGUCAACGCAAUCACUGGAAUAUCAUAGCAGGAAAUUUACGUGCAGAAACACACAAGACGUCACCAUGUAAAAAUCCAAAUUAAUACAUGAGUAAAAUUUAAGGAUGAGGGGUUUAACCUAUUUAACAUCAUGACCCUUCCCCUUCUACAAUCCCCGUCUAUCCAACAGCAAAGACUCCUCGCCGUGAGGGUUUAUCCCUGAACAGGUACAUUUUCGACUUAGAGCUCAGGAGUGUGUGUCUGAAAACAGCUUCAACACUUAAUAUGGGCCGCUUAGUGUCAAAAAGUGUUCAGAUGAUCAUCAUUAUAAUGUUUCUUUUGCUGUGAGGAGGAAGAUAACGCGGUUCGGAUUUUUCAUGUUGCUCAGUUUGCAUGUAAUGUUCAUAUCCAGGCCUGUAAUUGUUUACAGAGACGGAGUUGAUCUUUCCAAAGACUUGAAAUGAUUUCAGAGGUGAUAAACACAUCAACCAGAUAAGACCACUCACUAAAAUCUGUAUUUCUGCUUAAAUCUGAGGCUGCACAGCGGUCAAUAAUACAAUACAAGGACUUAAUUGAUCCUCGAGGGGAAAUGUAAAUCUGUUAGGCCUGGUUUAACAAAGCUCAACAUUGUGCAGCUUCACUGAUCGUGUUUGAAAUGUCCUUAAAAUGUCAGAGUUAGAGUCCGGCUGUGAUGUGUUCAAGGUCAGUCACAUGGUCCUCCUUUAUUUUCUCCUCAGUGUUUCCCGGACUGAUCACGUGACGAGGCAGUAAACCUUUUUAUACUCAAACUGAACAAACAUCAGGAAUACUACGUUCACGCAUUUGUAUGAUAUGAAUGAUACAUGUGCCGAGCUACACUUGUUUGUCUAAAGGAUGUUAUUUUGUAUUGAUUUAUCAGUUUAUAAAAGUUUAAUUUUCUUGAUUACAUUCAGAUCUGUUAGUCUAUUUAAUAAAAGGUCUAAAUUA